GCUUGCAGAGAGGAGGAGCGAGACGGUCGCCGCCUGCCAUGCACCUCUUGCCGCAAGGGGAGAGGAGCGCUGCCAGGAUACAGACCCGUCGGGUAGGCGAGUGAGGAGGAGGCGACAGAGAGAGAGAGAGAGAGAGAGAGAGAGAGGAGGGAAAAAGAGGGGGACACCUGAUUUCUCCUCCUGUACCCCCGGAGUGAGUCGCGCUUUCUCUGCGUCCUUCUGGAUGCCGGCUUGAACCGGGGCCUCCUUUUGCAAAACGCUGCCUGGCUUGUUUUUUCCCCCCUCCCCUCCUUCUUGUGGGGGCGCUGCUGAUUUCCAUCCCCCUCCCUUUGCUCCUUCCAUUGAAUCUUUUUUUUGGGGGGGGGUUGUUCUGCGAGUGCGCGCGCUGCCGUUGCCUGGAUUGCAACCACCUCAUCUUACUCUUCCUUGAAAUCGAUUUUUUUCCACGUGAUCUAAUAGAUCAACUCUUCUCUUUUCCUCCGGAGCAGAGGUGGUGUGUGCGUGUGCUUGCGGGCUGCUUUUUCCUUCUGGAAGGGGAGAUGCGAAGGGUGUGGAGGUGAUGGACGCGAAGCGAUGGCAUAGGAGCGCGGCUCUGGUUUGCAGGAGAGGCGGCGGCGGCGGCAGCAGCGAUUCCUCCGAGGCGUCCAAAACGGCACCAUAACCGGAGAUCGGGUUUUUUUUCCAGUAGCGGGGCGGCGGUUGCUAAGGAGAAGCGGAGCGGCCUUUAUAUUGCAUUUCUCUCCCCGCCCCUCCUCCUCGCAGUCCCUUUUUUCUAUUUAAAAGAAACAAGAAAAAGCAACCCGCUCUCCUCUCCCCUCCCCCCCUUCAGUUUCUCUCUGAUGAAAAUGGAUCCGGAUUUGCUAAUGACUCUUUCCGAUCCAGGGACCAAACCGGAUCGAGAGCCGCUUCUGACGCUGGGGCCCCUCCAGAAUGGGAAAUACCUCCUCCUGGAGCAAACGAGAGGACCGGCUUUGCCCAGCCCCGAACUCGUGCUGCUUUCCCGGGAAACAACCGCGGGAAACACCGCCUUGAUCUUGCCCGGAACAGGGGACAUAAAAAAGCCUUUGGCCCUGGAGCGGGUCCUGAACGGGAUGAAGCUGGGUGAGAUGGAGCGCCGCCAAGCCUUGUUCCCCGACGGCCCCCUUGAAUUUUUGUACCGCGUGGAGAAGGAGCCGGAGGAGGUGGACCCGGAGGCCCAGGGGCCAAUCAGCGACGGGGAAACCGGUUCAGGUGUGGGCGAUAACAGUAAUCCGGAUAGCCCUGGGGAGGGUUUGGAUUUGAGGCUUGCCCCUGUCCGGGAUGGGUUGGCCUUGGAGGAAAGCACAGCGUUGAGGGAAGAGGAGCAGUUGGUCUCCUGCUCCUCCAGCCAGGCUGAGUCUCCAGUUCCUCAGGAUUUACAACCGGUUGUAGAGGAGUGGAGUGAAGGAGAACCCUUUCCACAACCCCAGGAGCCUGUGGAAGGUGGUGGGGAACCCUUGAUCUUGGCUGGUGAGCCUUCUCAAGAGGAAGAGGAGGAGGAGGAAGGCCCCUUAGACAGAGGCCUUCCAAGCCCCCCUUGGACUAAAGAUAUGGAUGGCUGUGACUCUCAAAAGUGUCCGCAGAGCCCUUUGCUGCGGCCUUUGGAUUUGGCUCUAGCUCCCCAAAUUGGCACGGGAGUGGACCUCUUCCCUGCUUUCCAUUCUCCCAAUAAUCUCAGCCCACACCUUGAAUUUGGGCACACUGAACACAUAGAGGAUGAAUCUCCAAGUUCUCCAGAUGAUGCUCCCCGACUCCGACCUGUCUUCGAUGCCCUGGACCGUGAUGGUGAUGGAUUUGUCCGGAUAGAGGAGUUUGUCCAGUUUGCUACGGUUUAUGGAGCAGAGCAGGUAAUAGGGUUUUCUUUUUCUUUUUUUAAGGCUAAUUUUGUUGAGGGUUGAUGGCUUCUCUUCUGUAUAGUGAAUUACCCUGUGCUUUAAAAUAUGUGUAUCUGAUAUAAAUCUUAUUCUGUUCUGUAGCCAAGCCAACACAUAACUUUGGUUCUAUGAGGGAGGUUUUCAUGGAUGCUUCAAGUGUUGAAUUGAGGAAGAGCAGUUGUAUUGAGCAGUUCCAGCCAAUGCUUAUGCUCUUAAUGGCACUCUCAUUUCACAGCCCAGCCUAUUCAUGUUUACUCAGAAGUAAGCCCCAGAGAGGCCAGUGAGGCUUACCUUCAAGUCAAGUCUGGUAAGAUAUUCUACUGCACAGCCACCUUACGUCAAGUGGAACUUAGUACUCAAGUGUAGCCAAGUUACAUUGACACCUGAGACAGAAAGUCUCACAAGUGCCUCUCCAUGGGAGUAAAUAUACAAUGAUAAUUGACUUAUGAUAACGAAAACAAAUAACUAAUGACUUAGCCUUUCAUGAUGUCCUAAAUUGGUUGCCUGGGGAGGCUGUCUCAUGAUGUCUAAUAGCAGGACCAGCGCUGACUUAGUACGGGUAAAAAGAGUGCAGCCUUAGGCCCAGUUUAUACCAGUAACAAGGCUUUCUUCUGAGCUUGUCUGUUUUAGGCCACUGAGAAGGUGAGGCCUAGCCAGCUCUACCACAGGCAUAGUCAAACCUGGCCCACUAGAUGUUUUGGGACUACAAUUCCCAUCAUCCCUGACCACUGGUCCUGUUAGCUAGGGAUCAUGGGAGUUGUAGUCCCAAAACAUCUGGAGGGCUGAGUUUGACUAUGUCUGCUCUACCAUAUAUACAAGGCAUUUUCCACUGUGCGUUUGGAUGGGGAAAGCAUUCACACAUGGCUGUUUUGACCUGUAGGAAAAAAUGACAUAGGCCGUGAAAAAAACCCCAACUGUGGCUUGAUUUUUAUUUUUUGUAUAUAGAAAUGGGGCCAAAGGCUCUGGAAGCUUUUAAUUUCUUCAUCUGCUGUGACCAUCACCUAUGUGUGUAACUGUGAUCCCACCUACUUUUAAGUGGUAUUAUGGAAUCUGAUCAAAUUUGAUAUCUACUUUUGUGCUUGGUGUGUAUCUGCUUCCAUAGACGCUCUCAUCUUGAACAAUAGAGAGAACCAUGAAAGGAAGGGGUUGGGAAAAAAUUGCCUUUGUAGCCUUCUUUACAUAAGGCUGUAGUCCUAACCCUGUUUAUGUGGGAGUAAGCCCCAUUGAAUUCAGUAGGAGUUACUGCUGAGUAGCUGUGCUUUGGUUUGUGCUGUCAGUCUUCCAAUUGGCUGUAGAGAUCUGAUGAAACAGUAAAAAGACUAGAGUUGAUGUGAGGGGCAAAUUCAGAUCUGCCACAGGUGUGCCAACUUAACUUUCUUUAAUUGGCUGGGAGGGUCUGCUGUUUUUACCUACUAGGUUUAACCUGGGGUGAAAUGUCGGUUGUCUAGUGCCACCUAUUCUUAAGGGACUUAUUGAAGAUUGCUUGAAAGCGCACACACUUCUUUACAAACUGGGACUUUAAUUUUGCCCUUUCAAAGUGCAGUUGUGGCAAAUAUGAAUUCUCCAUGGCUUUUGGGCGUGUUUGAGCCUGGUGGUGAUGAUAAAUCUGGACGACUCACUGGCUGCAAUAAGCAACUUUGCUGGUAAUGCCUGGUCAUGUUUUGUUGCUGUGUUAAAGACUUCUCCACUCUUCCCUCAUCCUGUUUGUGUUAAGGGGAGGGAUUACCUUCUUACAGACUUGCAGUGACAUUGAUUUGCACUUCCAUUGCAGUUUUGGGAUGAUUGUUCCUAAGAGAUAGGAUGGUGUUGUACCAAAUGUCUUUUUGUUGCUCCCAACUGCCCAGCAUGUUUGAAUGCUUCUGAGGACACCUGCAGAAGACCAGGUCUUUGAACAUUCUUCCUUAUUGGUUUGCAGGGAGAUUAGCCAACAUUGACUAUUCAAUGAGCAUUCGUUCUGAUCUGUUUUCCGGGAGGUUAGACAGUGUUGCAUGAAAGUGAGUGUUAUCUGACACUUCCCAGUGCAUUAUUGCUGUUGUUGCUUUGCUUAUUGCAAAAAGUCCAGUCCUUUGUGGAACCAGGUUUGUUGUGCAAGACCUGCUUCCACAAAGAUCUACUGUACAGUAUAUCGGUUACCUGAAUUUGUCAGUAUGCUAUUGAGUGCCACCCGAAAACAGUGAUGGUCUGGAAGUCCUUGCUGCUGCUUGGAAAAUAGUGACUGUCUGGAAGUGCCUCGAGUUUCUUUCCAAGUCCUGUUGGCUACUGAACGUUCUUGAUUACUGUGCCCUGCUACAUGCCGUUGAAGAGUGUGGCCUGGCUCUUUCACAUGAGCACCUAGCAUAUAUAUUUGCUCUGCAAUCUCUCCUCCUGUGGCCUGGAUUGCAUGACACCCUAAAUCAUGGCUUGCAGCCUUUGGGCUUGUCCCCAGUCCAUUCUACCUGUUGCACCAUACUGAGCUGUCGCCAAAGGUUGGCUUAGUAUGUCAGUGCUUGCAACAGCUUAUUGGAGUUGAAGUCCCAAACAUGGAAGAUACCAUCUUGGCCUUCUCUAACAAACUGGAAGGGAGCCCACCUGCUCAAAAAACAACAUUGGGGGAUGUAGUCCAGAUAUUGCUGGACUACAGCUCCCAUCGCUGCUGAUCUUUGGCUAUGCUGGCUGGAGCUGAUGAUGGGAGUUGUAGUCCAGCAAUAUCUGGAGAUUUCUUGGUCUAGGGCCUCUCUCUAUCUUUCAUUUUAAAAUGCCUGCAUCAGAAACAGGACUGGUUUGUGUGUACCAAAGCCUUUCCUUUGAAUUUUCAGCUGUCUUCUGGAGGUCUCUCACCCUUGAGGAAUAAAUGUGCAAGCAAUUUCUCAAACCUAUGUGCUUUAAAAAAAAUGAGGGGGGGAAAUGAGGAAAGAAAAAGAAAUAAGCUUAUUUCGUCUACAUGAAUUUGUGGCUUCUUCUAGUUCAGUUUCUGCUGCUCCAUCAACCAAGGAUUCCACCUCAUAGCCAUAGCGGGGCAGUGUUGUGCAGUGGUUUGAGGGUCAAACCGAGGAGCGAUCUAGUUUCAGAUGCCUCCUUACUGAAGAAUCUCGCUUGAGUGUCCUCAGGCUAGCCUCUUUGCCUGUCCUACCUCACAGGGUUAUUUUGAAGAUAAAAUACAUUUUUGUAGGGUGAGGUCAGAACUGCCUAUGCCGCCUUGACCUCCUUGUAGGAAAGGUGGGAGUAAAAAGUCAUGCCGUGAUAACAUUUCUGACGGUAUGCCUGACUUUUUUGUUUGUUCUUCAGGGACAAACUGUGCCUGCAUAAAUUACAGGUGGGCAGUGGCGACUGGUGCCCCCUGGGGCUGGUAGGGCAGGAGGCAGGGAGACCAACAGCAGGUGGCGCCAGAGCCAAUAACAGGAAGGAGCAACCCCCUGACUGGCUGUAAGUAAGAAGGGAGGCAGGUGGGGCUGCCUGAAAUUGGUGCGGGGCAAUGCCCCAAUCACCCUAGUGGACCAGCCUCUACUGCAGAUGGGAGCAUCAGCUUUGCGAUGCUAAAUUGUGCACACCUGGAGACACCUGGGAAACAUGAAUUGCAUACCUGGUCCCCCACUCCCCAUCUCCCACCUAGAUUCCCAUUAAAACAAAUGUUGCUAGGUUUGGGAAAUUUGCUAUCUGUUUGCAUUGAUACUGGCAUGACUUUAGCUUUCAGAAUAUCACUUUGCUGCAGGUGAAACCUGCUGCGAUUUUCUAUGUGAUGCAAUCAAAAAUUGGGUGGGGGGGGGUGAAUAGUGAAGGGUAAACAGUGAUUUCAAAGAGCAGGAGGAGUUCUGGCACGUGUUUGCAUAAUGCUAGCCUAAAACUGUGCUACAAAUCAUUAUUCUGUAGGGUGUGUGCCUGGGUGUAACUCUUGAGAUGUGCAGUUGCAGGUAGCCUACUUUAUUCUCGGUGAAGAUGCUGUAAUUGGUCUCUUUUUUAAAAAAAUCAAAAAAAUCCAAAUUGGACACCUUACCUUUCCGUUUGCUUAGAAGAUGUUGGAAAUGGGAGUUCUAAGAGAGGAUGUCUGAGUGGAGUAAUGUGGCAUAAUAAAAAUGAGAGUAAUCCAGCAGUGUCUUGAAGGCAAGAUGUCAAAGGCGUUCUACAUCAAGGCUUGUGUGGGUGUAUAUAUAGCUCUAUUACACACACCAUAUGGGAGCUAUUCAGCCUAAACAGUUGGCUGAGAUGGCAUUCCUUCACGUGGAUUUAAUUCUCAUUACAGGUCGUCGUGCUUAUCUCACAGGUUUGCAUUUUUUUAAAAACCCUUUGAAGUCACCUUAAUUGCAAUUAAUCACCCUUGGGGCUCCCAUAGUGUGCAUUUGAGGCUCUUCAAAGAGUGUGCCAAUGUGAUCUUGGAUGUCAUUGCAACAGUUGUGUAAUUCUGAUGCUUAGGCUGUGACUGCCAUUGCUUUCUGUAGCCAAAACAGCAGCACCUACACACUGGAGGGAGCCAUUGGCAGACUUGGGGGAAUCCUGACAAGAAAGGCAUUGUCUAGGUAGUGUUAACCCCUGAAGCGGUUACUUCUUUUGUUUUGCUUUGGAAAUGUUAGUCCUCUAGUUGAACCUCCAAAAUGAUAUUGGGCAUGAACUACUGGGUUGACCAGUAGUAUUGUCAAAACACUCCAGUCAAUGGAAAGGUCUCCUCCAUCAUCUUUAGAAGGCUGCUUCUGCUGUUGGCCUGGUUUGGGAGGGGACAUAGCUUAGUGGCAGAGCAUAUGGUCUGCAUACAGAAGGCUGCAGGUUCAAUCCUUGGCAUUUCCAGGUAGGGCUAAAAACCUGGAGAGUUUCUGCCAGUUAGUGUAGACAAUACUAGACUAAACAGACCAGUGGUCUGACUCUGUAUAAGGCCACUUCCAAUGUUCCAAGCAAAGAUCACUCUCCCAUCACCUCCUCUCAUUGAAUGCUGGCUCUGUCCCAAAGAUCUUGGUUUUCUGUUAAGCCAGAGUUCCUUGUUCCAUCUGAACCGGGCUUAAACCAAGCUAGAGUUUACUGGUUCAGGCACCUCUGUGAAUCAUGGAUUUUCAUGUCAAAAACAGUGUGUGGGGGGCAGAGCAUUUAGCCCCAAGCUUGUUCCAAACUUUGUUCUUUUGGAGCCCAGAACCACCAACCAGCCUGAACCAUUCCCUGCCUUCACUUCAGAUAUCUGAACAUGGUUGGAAGGAUCGAAGCACAUUUCUGUUCCUCUACUCUCCACUUUCUCCGGCUGGAUAGGAGUAUAAGCAGCUGCCUUAGAGCAGUUCAGACUGUUCAGCUGGGUUAGGGGUAGGGAACACUUUUGGCUCAUCAAGCCAGAGCUUUUUCUCCUUCCACCAACCCUUGCAGAUCUACUUUGAUAGUGGGACAUGACAUUCCCCACCUAUCAGUAGUCUGGAAUCAUCUGUCAAUCAUCGCAGAACAACCCUGUGAGGUAGGUUAGGCUGAGACUAAAUGUCCCAUUGGCCUGAGAGUUCCCCCAGAAUUCUUCCUAUCUUCUUACAUCUGGAAAAAUGCUUUUCUCACCUUUAUUGUGAUCCUCUGUGAGAGGCAGAAAUUCACCAGCUUGCAAAUGGACAGGAAAGAACAGUUCCCUGCAGUCUCAGGUUUUAAUCCUAACUUUAAAUCCUACCUGGUGUUUUUUUUUUAAAAAAAAUUAUAGAUUGAUGCUCCUCUUCAAUCUCUCUCCUUAAAUUUCAUCCUUUUCUUCCCCACUGUAUAUCGUUUUCCAUGGGGGUUUUCUGUUCUGCCUUGAAAAAGAAAUCGUUCAAAUAUUCAUGUACCAAACCAGCAGCUUCCAAUCAUUCGCUGCUUUGCCCUGGUCACUUGCAAAACUAUUAUCUCUGACCCGUUCCUUCACCCUGAGUUUAAUUCAACCAUCUUGCAUGUAUUUAAAACCCUUUCUAUUCCACUUCUCACAGAGAUGAUGACAAGGCAGUUCACAAAAUCGAAGACCAAUACUAUAAAACAAGGCAGCAAAGUAAAAUAUACAAAUACAAGGCCCAGCAGGUUGCGGGGGUAGGGUGGGGGUGCAUAUCUGGUAUUAAAAUAUCCCAGGAAUGCCUUUUAAAAUUAUUGCACCUUGCAGCUUUUGGUCUGGAUAUCUUACUGUGUUUUAAUUUGUAAUUUAAUACCCAGAGUGCUUGGGGUAACCCAGUCAGAUGGACGGUGUAUUAAUAAUAAAUAAAUAAAUAAUUCCAGUUUGCCUUUUAUCUCGCAAUGGUGGUUUCCUGGAUGUGCAGUACUUAGAGCUGCACAUAGAAAAUCUGUAUUGAACUGAACAGAUGUAUCCUUGGAAGAGUGUGCUAGAUUUUCAUUUUAAAGAUACCCUAAUUUAUGGAAUAUAGGGACGCGGGUGGCGCUGUGGGUUAAACCACAGAGCCUAGGACUUGUCGAUCAGAAGGUCGGCAGUUCGAAUCCCAGCGACGGGGUGAGCUCCCGUUGCUCGGUCCCUGCUCCUGCCAACCUAGCAGUUUGAAAGCACAUCAGAGUGCAAGUAGAUAAAUAGGUACUGCUGUGGCGGGAAGGUAAAUGGUGUUUCCGUGCGCUGCUCUGGUUCGCCAGAAGCGGCUUAGUCAUGCUGGCCACAUGACCAGCUCCCUUGGCCAAUAAAGCGAGAUGAGCGCCGCAACGCCAGAGUCUGCCACUACUGGACCUAAUGGUCAGUUGUCCCUUUACCUUUACCUUAAAUUAUGGAAUACAAUUGGAAGUACUGUGGAAACACAGAAUCCUUCUGCUCAUGUUGCCAGGUAGUGAGCCUUCUUUCAGGGAAACUCCAUUUCAUUUCAUACCCCCCCCCCCAAAAAAAAAUAUUGGUCUGUGUUCUGUGGCUGUUGAUCGUGUUCAAUCUUCACUGGACUGUUUUUGUACUCCAUUCAGUUUUUGCUGAAUGUUCUCACUGCUGCCCAUCUGAGUAGGGGUGGGGAACUUUGGCCUCUCCAAGUCUCUCUAUUUGGCCCUUGGGAGGCUCCCUGGUCCCCCUGUUCUCCCCAGGCCACACUCUUCAUUACCUGUGAUUUUGUUUGUCUAGAGAAGGGGUGUCUAACUUCAAGAGACUGUGAUCUACUCCCACUAUAAAUACAGUGGUGCCCCGCAAGACGAAUGCCUCGCAAGACGGAAAACCCGCUAGACGAAAGGGUUUUCCGUUUUUGAGUUGCUUCGCAGGACGAAUUUCCCUAUGGGCUUGCUUCGCAAGACGAAAAUGUCUUGCGAGUCUAGAGAUUUUUUUUUCGCUUUCCCCCCCCUUUAUCUAAUCUGCUAAGCCUUUAAUAGCCUUUAAUAGCCUUUUAGCAGCUAAUCCGCUAAGCCUUUAAGCCUUUAAUAGCCGCUAAACCGCUAAUAGCGCUAAUCCGUUAAGCCGCUAAUAGGGUUGCUUCGCAAGACGAAAAAACCGCUAGACGAAGACUCUCGCGGAACGGAUUAAUUUCGUCUUGCGAGGCACCACUGUAAACUGACAGUGAUCUACCCAUUGGAUUGACCAGAGUUGUUGAGCUUUUUUAGGGGUGGAUUAGCCAAAGUUGUUGAUCGACCGGUAGAUCGCAAUCGACCUGUUGGACACCCCUGAUCUAGAGUAUGUAGGCCCCUCCAGUCUCCAUAUCUGGCCCUUGGAAAUCUUCCCCAAGCCAUGCUCCUCUCUACUUUGAACCCUCCUUGAAUGUUCCUGCCUGCCUGUCAUGUGUCCUUAAACUCCCACAAUGCCUCUUGCUUACCUGGCUAGAGGACAGAAGGAGCAUGCGUAGAAAGUAGCCUAUUGUAUUCAUAUUUGUUGCUCUGCCCACUUUUUCUGCAGGCCCCGCCAUCUUUGGCAUGUAGCCUCCAAAAGGUUCCCAGAAGGGAAUGUGGCCCUUGAGCUGAAAAAGGCUUUCUGCUCUUGUAGAAGGGCCAUAGCUCAGCAGUAGAGCAUCUGCUUUCCACCCAGGUUCAAUCCCCGCCAUCUGCAGGUAGGAAUUGGAAAAAUUAUUGUCCUGACACACCCGGAGAGCCAUUUCCGGUCAGUGAAGCCAAUCUUGAGCUAGAUGGACCAAUGGACUGACUUAGUAGAAGGCAGCUCCUUCUGCUCAUAACAUGUCUGGAGAGAUUUUGGAAUGUAAUGGGCUCCUCCUUCAGCGGCUGGCGAAAAAGGAAAGCCCAGGAGUUCCCUGUCUUGCGCUAAGUGAGCUGUUUGACCAAAGCCCUUUGGGCUUCUGAGCUCUCUUUGCUCCAGGUAGCUUCUGCCAAGAACUCUGCCGUAGUGAUAAUAAUGUAGGGGAAAAGACCCUGGCAGGCCUAACAAGGAUGUAGAUUACACUCCCUCCCUUCUCUUCUGAAUAUUGCGGUUUUUCUUCUGUGGUGCAAGAGAGAAGAGCGGGAUCCUCCCAGAGUCUGGUUUGGCUGAAAGGAUUUAUCAGGCUGAGAGCCAGCAUCAGGCCUGGCCACGGAAGCUGCCGUUGCAGAAGUCUGUACCCUCUGAUCUCAGGCUGCCAUGGGGUGGUCCAGCCACUUGGAAGGCCAAUUAUCUCACUCCUACUGUGGUGGGAGCUGUGGGUUAGUUACCUUUAUGGCUCUCUUCUCUGGAGUGCAGUAAGUCAUUCUUCCGGCAGAUUUCCAGCAUGCUGCUGCCCAUGCAGUUAAAGGCACAGGCCAUGGCUUGCGCUCUGGAACGAACACAUGACAUUCAUCCUUCGGGUUUAAUCGAUUUAAAUGACAAUGGAAAGCCUUGCAGUGCUUGUGGCUUUGGAAGUAGGUUUGAAGGCAGCACAUGAGAAAAAAGAGCACCUGAUUUGUAGGUAUGUUCCACUGCUGGGACACAAGUUUUUUGAAAACCUGGAAACGCUUUAUGGGGAAGGGAUGUCUUGAAGAGGGCAGGUCUCCCAUAGUCUGCACCAGCUCCUGAUAAUUUUCUGUGGCUGCUAUUUGUAAAUUAUAAAUAGCAUUAUAACUGGCACACACACACAUACACACAGAGAGAUAUAUAUAAAAAUCAGCGUGGUCCAUAGGGGGCCACCCAAGUCACCAUGUGUCUUACCCAAAUUUUUCUGCUCCCAUGCUUUUCACAGUGUUGGGAGCACCAUUUCAGUGAGGAGGAAGGUGCACAGGGAAGGUCACCAGGGCUGCCUAUACACUGUAGAUGUAAAUCACGUUCUCCUCCAAAGAAUCCUGGGAACUGUAGUUUAAGGGUGCUGGGAAUUGUAGCUCAGUGGGGGCAAGUUACACUUCCCAGUAUUCUUUGUUUGGAGGGGCAUGUUUUUUCAACGUGCUUUAAAUGUAUGGUGUGUAUUCAGUCCGUGGACUGGGAGGAGUGUUAUUGCGAUGGGGAGACUGGUGCCUUGAGAGGGGUUACUCUUCCCUGUGAGGGUGAAUGAAUGAGCCCAGGCAAUUCCCACUGCUGGCUCCAGUGCUCAUUGGCAUGUGGUCCCUGGUCACCACCCAUUGUGGUCAUGGGCAGUCAGAAAGGUUGCCCUGCCUCAUCCUGCAACACUUCUUUCCCUAUCCCUGCUGCUUCCAAGGAGCUCCUGGUGGCUAUAUAGAGUUCUUCACCUUCUGCUGUUACCUGCACAACAACCCUGUAAUUUAUGUCUUGAGUGAGAAGCCCAAGGCACACAGUGAACUGAGUGAGGAUCCGCACCUGGGUCUCCCCACUCCUAAUCAGCUACUUCACAUAGACAGCACCCCAUCCUUUCGUCCUUUGCCACGGGGUAGCAGGAUAAAUCAAAGCAGCCCUCUGAAAAUGUAUACCCAUUUUGCAGAAACCUGAAUUUUCUUAACUGUUGACUAUUAGGUUAUUUUGAGGGGAGAGGGGAAAAGGAGCUCACAGCUUCCUGCUUCUUUGGCAGCAAACGGAAAAAGAAUCAGACCUUUGCAAUGCCCAUCAAUCUCUUCCUGACACUUAACCAUCUGAGGAAAGAUGUUUCACUUGUGAUACACGCCUAUCUCAAGAUACAAGUGAAAACUCGGAGGAGUGUCUCAUUUUGGAACAAAGUAGGCGGUGGAGGAAAUAUCUUGUUGAAAACAGAGCUCGCUGCAUAGUUCCAGGAAGAGGAAAAAUUGAUUUGAGGCUGUUCAUAUUUGCGGUUGUUGUUUCAGCCAGAACAGUAGUCUGUCCAGACUUUUGGUCCAGAGCAUGUGUAUAGAAGCUCGAAAUGAUUUCCUGCCCUUCCCCCAUUGUGUCCUGCCCGUCCCCCUCUGGUAAAGUCAACAGCAGCAUUGUAUUAUCCCAGCUAUUGGUUUCAGGCAAUGAAAGCCUUUGCUUGAAAGGGCAGCAAAUAACUAAAAACUUGCCAGUUCAGUUUUGUGCUCUAUUCUUUAACAAAGAUGACCUGUCUUCAUGGCCAGCUUCAACAGGGCAGCCACGGUGUUGGUGCUUUUUUUGGAGGAACACCAAUCACCAGUGAGGUGCAUUGCAGAACACGCAUGGUGAGACAACUUUGCAAAGUUGCAAAGGAUGCUGGGAGCUCUCUUGAGAGGGGAAAUUAAACUCUGCCUCCACCUUAUUGACAGCGCUUGGGAAACAACCCAUUCUUUAAGAAUAAAAAUAUACUAGCUCAUGGUGACCCUCUCUCAUGUUAUGCUGCUACUCUCUGGUCAUGUUUGCACCAUGCAUUUGAGGCACUAUACUACCACUUCAAACAGUCUCCACAAGGAAUUCUGGGAGCUGUAGUUUGUUAAGGGUGCUGACUUCUAUUUCCCUUCCAGAGAUACAAUUCCCAGAGUUCCCUUCAAAGAGGAAUUACACCACUCUGGGAAUUGUAGCUCUGUGAGGGGAAUGGGAAGUCUCCUAAAAACAAACUACAGCUCCCAGAAUUCUUUGGGGGAAGCCAUGAUUGUUUAAAGUGAUAUCUUGGUGCUUUAAAUGUAUGCUGUGAAUGUGGCCAUUGCCUGCCUGUGCCGUUGCUGAGGUUUGCCAGUGGCACAGACCAGGCUUUCCCCAGUGUGGGCAACUUGUGGCCCUCCAGCCCUUGCUGGACUCAGAGGCUUCCUAUCAUCCCUGACCAUUGACUGUCAGCUGUGCUGGCUGGGACUGAUGGGAGUUGGAGUCCAGGAGAAUCUACAGAGCCACCAGUACCUCAUCUCUGCCAUAAGCACAGUGCAGCAGCCGACAAUAUAUAGGUUCACGAGGGGUGCAUGGCUUAUUUAUGUUUAAACAGCGUUGAGAAAUGCUGGUGUCAUGUAUUGAGGUGACGAGGAUGACUUUUGAAACGGUUGCAGUGCAGAAAAAUUGCAGGUUUGCCCCUCUGAAAUCCAGGCUUCUUUGUUUUGUUAAUGUCAAACCACAUUCCGCAUAUGUUGACUCCGCUCUUAUCUCUGAUUUUUAUGUUCAGUUCUGCUUGUUUGGCUUUGCUGGUGUGUGUGUGUUCAGCAGUUUCGGAGGGGAGGAGAAAAGGUGCUCUAUGGCCGACAAGAAGCUCAGCAAUCAAAGGUGUUUGGUUUUUCUGAGACUUACAUAACCAGACCUAUUGGCUGCUUUUGCACAGUGAUUCUUGCAGACUUUGCUGUGCUCCUAGCUCAUUUGGUGGUGGUGGAUCUCCACCCCCCACCCCCCGCAUUCUGUUUUUGGCCACUUCCUUGAAAAUUUAAAUUCUGCAAGCAGUGUUUACCUAAGCUCAGCCCAAUUAUGUUGAGAGAUGUUUCUCCACUACCCCCCCUUGAAAAAAUAAUGAGCAAUUGAUGUGCAAAAGGCAGGAAGUGGUGGGGCUGGGAAAAUAUAUCUGGGGUGGUGGGAGGGAGAAUUUUGUUCCUCCUUUUUAUAUAAAAAUUGGGCUGCUUUCAAGCUCAGUGUGCUCAAUUAUUAUCUUGGAAGAAUUUUUCUCUCCAUCUCCCAGUGGCAGAAAUACCUCUUCCAGAGCCUAAGAAGAGAAAGGUGGACUAGUAUGUUUAGGUCUUUAGCUGGUGGCACCUACCCUCUGGAAUUCCCUUUUGUUGAAUAUUAGGCAGGCACUGUCUCUGUUGUCUUUUGGGUGUCUGCUGCAGACUUUCCUCUUCCAACAAGUCUUUUAAGUGGAGAUCUUUAUCUCGGUCUGCAUCAGUACUGGAAUGAUUUUUUUAAAAAAAUGCUUUUAAACAUUUGUAUUGCUUUUAUCAAUGGAAUUUCCCCCUUUCCUUUUAUAUGGAGGAAGGGUCUGCUUUUGUUGUUGUUGUUGUUACACUUCUAUGUUUGCAACUGUUUUAUUUGUUACAUGAUCGUAUAUCUUGUUGCUGUGAACACUGCCCGCCCCUCCCAGGACCUUGCAAUAAAGGGUGGGUAAGAAAUCAGCAGAAAAGUUGUCCAAAUAGUGUAUAAACAGUAAUUUCAUAAUUACUUGUCUUUGUAUUUCUAAUAGUAUAACCAAAUCAGUAAUUUGUGAUAUAACUGUAAAAACUACUCUGAAAAUUUAUUAUUUCAAAAAUGAAACCUUCAUCUGGUUGUAAAUAUUAAGAUUAUACCAGCAAGAAUGAGUCUUUCUGUUAAAAAUGAUUUAAAUCAAGUCUUACUGACUAGUGAUUUAAAUUGUGAUUUAAUUCGUGAUUUAAAUUUAAAUCAAAUCUACCCUGCUUUAAAUAGUCCACUUUCCUCUGAAGAAUUCUGGGAGCUGUAGUUUGAGGGUGCUGAGAAGCAUUAGGACAACCCUGCUCCCUCCCAGAGCUACCAUUCCCAGAGCAAUAUUAACAAUCAGUCCACAGGGAACUCCAUAAAUUGUAGUUCUUAAAGGGGAAUAGCGGGUCUCUUAACAACUCUCGGCACUCUUAACAAACUACAGCUCCCAGAAUUCUUUUGGGGGAUGCCAUGACCUCUAAAAAUGGUACCAUAGUGCUUUAAAUGCUUGGUGUGAAUAUGCUGAAUGCAUAGAGAAGGUGCUGCCUUGCUGCUCCUGGUACGAGUUGCUUCUUAACCUGGCGAUAGCUGCAGGCUCAAGUUGGUGACUCAUAAAAUAAUAAAAAAUAAUAAUCUGGCAAUAGUUUCAGACAGCAGGUGAGGACAUGUCCAGAAUGGAACAUUCCCACCCUGCCUCCCAUUUGGGCCCAUGCAUGAGGAGCAUUUCCCACUGUGAGGGUGACUGAGUUUGGGCAAAGAUCUCAGUUAGGAAUCCUCAGGGCACAAGCAGGCAUUGCUGCCAGGAUCUGAAAUAGGAGCUGGUUUGGCCAGUUCUCCUGUGUAUUUUCUGCCCCUAUAAUUCCUUUCUCUUCACAGUUUUUGUGACAGGUGCAGCAGUUUGGGUAGCUGCAGUUUGGGGAGGACGGGGGGGGGGGAAUUGCCUGGGGUGAAGAAGAGAACUUGUUGUCCUGCUUUCCAUUGCUUUGGAGGUUUUUUUUGAAAUGCCCUUUUCUUGAUGAUGAUUUAAAUUUGGUAAGUUUCUGUAAUGCUGUAGUAAUGAGGCAAAGAUUGAUCAUGAGAGGAGGGCAAAUAUGCUGUGACCAGCUUCUGACUCAUUGGAGAUCUCUUGCCAAGUGUGUUGUAAUACCACAUAGUCAUAAUAUGGGAUGUGAAAGGUGUACAUACCAUCCUCCCCCCCUCCCCGGCCGCCCUUUGUGGGCCUGGAACAAUUUGGUAGCUUGCUAGUGUAUAUGUUACGCUAGAAAGACUUGCUCAUACAGCUUCAAAAUACAGUCCUGGAGAAGGGCGUCUUUUAAAAUAUAAAUAUAUACUUCCAUCAACUAUGCCAAAGUGUGUGUGUGUGUGUCUGUCUGCCUGCUGUUCUUUAUUCGCAGAUCAGUACUACACAGAACAAAAAAAAAUAAUUUUCUUAAUGGUGUUAGUGAUCUUGAAAUAGUUUGCUUGAAAGAAAGCCGCAAGCCUUUCCCAUUUGUUUUCUGAAUAGCUGGCCCCUCCGUGAAAUGUCUUCCUUGGGGAAUGGCUUUGGAGUCUCUUGAGUCUUUGAAUGAGGCUGGACUACAGAUCCCAUCAUCUGUGGCCAUUGACCAUCCCGGCUGAGGAUUAAGGGAGUUGUAGUCCGACAGCAUCUAGGGAAAGGCUGUGCCAAGGGGAGAUCUUAUGACCCACACCACAGGAGAUUUGUCUGCACAAGCCCCAUGGAUGUUAACUGGAACUGUGUUGAGGGAGCAGUGGGGAAUUGUACCCUGUGUGAAUCUGUCUGUGUUGAUGGUAUGAGCAACUUGGAUUUUCUGUUGGGGCCAGACUCCAUAUGAUGGAGCAGACACGUUUGCUAGGCCGCUGCCUGUCCUAAACCAGGAAGUAGCUGACGUGUUGACCUUCAGGUGUUGUGAAAAGUAAGGUUUACUUUUUACCACAAAUGGAGCAAAUGGCUGAAGAGAACAGACCAUCUCUCCCUUCCUAUGUGCUGCCCACACCAGACAUUUAAAGCAGUAACAUACCACUUCAAACAGCCUUGACUUCCCCCAAAGAACCAUGGGAACUGUAGCUUGCUAAGGGUGCUGAGAGCUAUUAGGAGACCCCUGAUUUCCCUCAUAGAGCUAUGGUUCUCAGGGUUCUCUGAGAAGAGGGAUUUUUUUGUUAAAACACUUGGAACGGUAGGUUUGGGAGAGGAGGAUGGGUCUGCGAAGAAAUCUCAGUACCCUUCAAACAACACUUCCCAUGAAUCUUUGGGGGCCUCUGUGACAGUGAAAUGUAUGGUGCAGUUGUGACUUCUGCCUCUUCACACACUUUCUCCCAAUGAGUCCAGACUAUAACAAAAGAUUCCUGAAGGGCUGGGAGCACAGAAAGUUCCCUUCCUUUACUCUGCCCCUUUAGCUAUAAAGACUAGAUCUCCCUCCAUCACCACCCUUGGGUAUCUUGGAAAUUUUAAAUUAAAUGUAUAUGGCCUCUCAUCAAUAAGUAUUCCCUGGGCAGUUUUCCAACAAACGGGUAUUUAAAAAGACACCCGCAGGUAAUUAAAAUCAAGCAGUAAAAAUACAUGGGGCAAAGUAAUCAUAUACCACUUAAUUGCCAAAGUGGUUUACAAGUAUAAAGCCUGUUGCAAAAUAAAUAAACAGUUGUGUCAAAAUACUAAAAUAAGCACUCGCAAUUAAAAUGUUCAAUAAGAUAAGCCAAUUAAAACAUCUCCCUUAUUGCAGAUGGGGGCAGGCUGUGGUUGAGAGCCAGUGACUGGUGAGUUUGUGGCAGAGGCGAGAUUUGAACCCGGGGCUUACUGACUCAUAGCUUCGUCAUAGUCACUAUGCCUGCCCCCAUGGUCAUAACAUGAGGGUGGAAAAUGAUUAAUAGGAAGCCGAGAACUGUAGUUCUUCAUUGGCUUUGCAUAGCAGUGCGGAUCUCCAGGGGUAUAUAGUGUUGUGCUGCAAUUUAUGUGGGCCUUGGGUGGAGAGCAGCGCCAGCUAAUACAGAUGUUAACCCACAGUGUGGAAUAAGUUAACAGCUUCUCCUUUCCCCCUUAUGCCCAGAGGAGUUGGGAUUAUCAUUAUUUUUGAAUACGUGAAAGGAUUUUAUGCACCAGAAUGCUGUUCACGUAGCAAGCUUAACACGGUUAAAGUGCUUACAAUUUGUAGGCACUACAUGGGAAUACGCAGUCUCUGCCUCGGGCUUGCAAACUUUAAAAAAGCUGAGACUUCCAAGGGAAUAGAAAUGGAGGGGGGAAAACGGAGAGCUUUCAGCAAUGUCCCAAAAUGUUCAAGAACAGUUAGCGACAAGUAAGCUGAGUUAUGGGACACGGGUGGCACUGUGGGUUAAACCACAGAGCCUAGGGCUUGCUAAUCAGAAGGUCAUCAGUUUGAAUCCCCGUGACGGGGCGAGCUCCCGUUGCUCGGUCCCUGCUCCUGCCAACCUAGCAGUUCAAAAGCUCGUCAAAGUGCAAGUAGAUAAAUAGGUACCGCUCCGGCGGGAAGGUAAAUGGUGUUUCCGUGUGCUGCUCUGGUUCACCAGAAGUGGCUUAGUCAUGCUGGCCACAUGACCUGGAAGCUGUAUGCCGGCUCCCUCAGCCAAUAAAGCGAGAUGAGCGCCGCAACCCCAGAGUCGGUCACAACUGGACCUAAUGGUCAGGGGUCACUUUACCUUUACCUAAGCUGAGAUAUAAAAAGCUAGUGCCGCAUUGUCCACACCAGAGUUUCCCAAACUUGGGUCUCCAACUAUUGCUGGACUACAACUCCCAUCAUCCCUAGCUAGCAGGACCAGCGGUCGGAGAUGAUGGGAGUUGUAGUCCAACAACAGCUGGAGACCCAAGUUUGGGGAACGCUGGUCUGUAUUGACCAGCAGCAGCUCUCCAGGGUUUCAGGCCGUGGGUCUUUUCCAGACUUGCCUGGGGAUUGAAUUUAGGACAUUCUGCAAGCAAGGCAGAGGCUCGACCGCUAAGCUGAAGCUCUUCCCCAUUACUGUCAAGGGCAACUCACUCCCCUGCUGAUCUUCAAUUGGCAGGUCAGGAGCCACAGCUGAUACUAUAUUUAUAUCUCACUUUUUCAUUUCAAGGGGCUUGCGGUGCCAUACGUGGUUCUAUCCUCCUUCCCAUUUUAUCCUCUCAACAACCCUGUGAGGUAGGCAAGGGAUCUCUCCCAUUGCUCCACAGACACCACAUAGCGGUAGACAACAUAGCGCCUUCCAGAUGUUGCUGGACUUCAUCUCCCAUUCUCCCUGACUAUGGACCACUCUGGCUUGGGGCUGUUGGGAGUUGAAGUCUGCAAGAUAUUGGCAAACACUCCUGUGGCAUCACAUGGCGAUUUCUUGGGCAGACGAGCCCUAAGAUAAAGCACAGGCAGAGCUUGCCUUCCAUCUCCUCAAAGUUCUUUUUAACACAGUUCUUUUUAACAGCGCCAGUUCAUAUAUUCAUGUGGGAGUAAUAGUGGGGGGAAGAGAAAUUGGAUUCAGUUCGCACUGAAAGGCGGAUCUACCUUAUUCACGCUUUUCAAAACAGUAUGUGAAUGGAAGCUCAGCCGUCCUUUGAGAUUCGCAUUUCUCCAAAUUUUGCAAUGUGGCUCUCCAGCCAUGUAUUCUGUACAGAACUACACAAACUGCAGAAAAGUGUGCAUUAAAAUGCACAACAACAUAGAAAAAUGCAUUAUACUGGGGGAAAUUGCAGACAAAAAAAGUGUAUGUUGGAGAAAUUAGCACUACAAUUCUUAUUUAUUUUCGUGAGGACUUGCGGUGGGGGGAGAAUCGUAGUCUGAUAUGGAAAUGUGGCAAACUGAUCUUAAGUUCGGAAAAAUCUACAACUUGAAGAAACUAAAUUGACAGACACCCAACUCUAGUGAGUAUUCAAGUGCAUAAAGAGCUAAGGGGUGCAUAUCUUCCUGCCUGAAAGUCCCAUUGAGAACGUCCCAUUGUAGGUGGUUGGUUUGUCUGUUUUUGUCUAAUUUAUCUCCUUUAUAUAAAACUAGUAUACACACACACACACCGUAUUUUUUGCUCCAUAAGACGCACUUUUUUCCUCCUAAAAAGUAAGGGGAAAUGUCUGUGCGUCUUAUGGAGCGAAUGUGUGGUCGGUCGCUGGCUCCCUUUCCGGCCCUGGCCCCUAUAAAAACAGAAUUCUUCCACUUUGCAAAGUAAGCUCAACAACUGUGAGCUGAUCCUCAAAAAAGGGGCUUUCCCCCUUUGCAAAAGAAGCUGCACAACUGUGAGCUGAUCCCCCAAAAACAGGGCUUUUCCCCUUUCCUCCUCUAAAAACUAGGUGCGUCUUAUGGUCAGGUGCAUCUUAUGGAGCGAAAAAUAAGAUCGAUCUCUCUCUCUAUAUAUAUAUAGAAAGAAAGAGAGUACUGUGAUUCAAGGUUGAACCAUGCUUAACUUUCUGAACACAGGAAGAUUAACGCAUUUACUGUUUGGACGCACCCAUUCAUUCGGAGUUCCUUGCUUUGGCAUUGCAGCUUUGCGGUUAAGGAGUCGGGAAUAUUUUCUUUUCUUUUUUUACUUCGUAGGCUUACUAUUUCCUCUCUUGGUAUAAUUUUAAAGACCCGAACUUCAAUAAAUCUUUUUAUGGGCUUCCCCCACCCUUCCUCUCCAUCUGCCUGGCCAGGGUGAAAUAUUUUGGUGGUUUCUGUAAAGGAAGCUUGAUAAAGGAAUUCUCAGUGAGAAUAAGAUCCUUUCUGGACUGCCCCUGAAACAGGAGCCACAGUGCAGGGAUUGUUCUCUGUAGAUUGUAUCAGACUUCAGCUCCCUUGGUUUUGCCAGAAGUAAAUAUUCCUGCGGAGGGCAAACACUUGGUGUGCCUGAAAGCCAACCCUUGUCAAGAUGAAAUAACUGGUUUCCUCUUCUGCGGUCCUGUUACAAAUUAUUCAGAGGCGAUCUCCCUUGUCCUGAGUUCUUCUGCAAGCAAUUAUAAAUAGAGUAAAAUUUGAACAAUACCUUGUACAUCAAAGGUUGCUUAUUUUGGUAAGAUGCACCUAUGAAGAUGAAACAUUUUAACCAUGGUUGUCCCCCGCCCCGGUUGAGCAAGAGCAAGUCUCCCAUUUUUGAAUGCUUAAACCAUGGUUAGGAUGGCCAACCAGCACGUGAAAUCACACUUUGUGGACAAGUCUGUUUAAACAUGGUUAAACACUACGUGAGCGCUGAACAUACCAUGGUUAAGACAGGAUGGUAACAAAAAUAAUUUGAAGGUAUAAGUUUUUCCCUUUUGAAUGCAGCAUUUUGCAGAUACAAGAGUAGUAGCAUUAAGGACAUCGGAAAUUAGUUCACACUUAAUUAUAAAGGCAUCACAUAUGUUAGAUAAAGAAUUAGAAAUUUGCUUCAAAUUGUAUUUUUUUUGGGGGGUGGGGGUGGGGGAAGCCUUGUCUCUGCUUAUGUGCUGUAACUUCAACCAGUACUGAAUCAAAACAGUGGCCCGCUUGGCACAUAAUGCCAAUCUAUAGCACUUUGUGUCUUCUCUGGUUCUGAAAAAAAAAGCAGCACAGAAAAAGCUAAUGGAUUUGGUGUUGGCAACAGGAUCCUGAUCUUUCAGAAUAACUGAAAGCCAAGCUUCUAGUCUUUCUGAUUGCAAGUACGGGCUUUAGAGAACUUUUCUCAACUGUGACAGGAGGUGCGUUCACCCCUACAAGUGAUCUCAAAAGACCAAUGUGGAAUACAGGAAAAGGAAACAAAUCCAUGCUGCUUUGGCGGGGUGUGUGUGUGUGUGUGUGUGUGUGUGUCCCGCUAAGUCUUUCAGCCUUUCAUUGUUGAGGACCCUGAUAAUGGGGAGACAGCCCUGUAUGUCCUCUUUGCUGGCCUGGCCUGUCACCCAACCUUGCUUGAAGCUCUUUGAGGAUGGGGGGGCUGCGGUCCAGCAUGAUGGCUAAAAGAAGGGAGACGCCAGCCUUGGCCCAGUGUGCAGGCUUGGGCUGAUGGGAUAUGUAGUGCAAAACAUCUGGAGGGUGCUAGGUUGGCGAAGGCUUGUAUACAGUAGGUCUACUGUCUUGCUGGAGGGUGUCGGCCCCGUUCUAUACAGCCUUGUGUGUGUGCUUUGGCUCAGAUCCCACCCAUUCCUUCCUGUAUGAAAAGCUUGCGCUCUUGACAGAAACAGUAUCCUUGCUCCCCCCCCCCCGCCUUGUGCCCAGCCAAAUCCAUAUGGUGAAACCCUUGAUUUAGGAGGGGCAAUACGUGCUAUUACAUACAGGGCUCCUGUUCUCAAUUGCACCUCUUGUUUUUCUUUCUGGUUUGGGUUUCUCCUGCCAACUUCCUCUCUGCGAUGCACACUUUUCUCGGUUCAUUUUAACUGGCGCCCGUGCAGGGAUCUGAAAUCCCUUCUUCAUUGCUUCGGUACAGAACAAUAUCAAUAAUGGAAACAUUUCACCUAGAGGCAAGGAAUGUGCUUCCUGGCACCCGAUGCAUAACCUUCUGUCUAAGGAAUGUGUGUGUAUUUGUGUCCCAGGCUGCCUAACACACACAGAGAGAGUGUGUGUCUCUGUAUUACACAGUCUAUAAAUGCUAAGCUCAUGAAGUUGCUCCAGAUGCUGCUGGACUCCAUUUUCAGCAGUCAUGACCAGUGGUCAGGGAUGAUGGAGGUCAUAGUCCAGCCACAUCUGGAGGGCCACAGGUUCUCCAACUCCGUGCUAAGCUUAUAGCUCUGUGUGCUUAAGUGCACUCUUCUGGGGUUUGCAUCUUCCGGAGCUUUGCAGGCUGGUCCCCAUCCUAGCCCUUAGAAAUCUAUACUUACGCCAUGAAGAGCUUAAGGUGAUGUCAGCUGAUGAUUUUAUUCCAGAAGGGGAUAACUUGUUGCCCCCUCCAAAGCGGGAUGGCUUGGAAGUACAGUGGUACCUCGGGUUACAUACGCUUCAGGUUACAUAUGCUUCAGGAUACACACUCCGCUAACCCAGAAAUAGUGCUUCAGGUUAAGAACUUUGCUUCAGGAUGAGAACAGAAAUCGGGCUCCGGCGGCACAGCGGCAAGCGGGAGGUCCCAUUAGCUAAAGUGGUGCUCAGGUUAAGAACAGUUUCAGGUUAAGAACGGACCUCCGGAACAAAUUAAGUACUUAACCCAAGGUACCACUGUAUGUGCGGCUGGGUUUAUGAGACUUAACCCCAUCAUAAGCAUACAUGGCAUUGUAGCGUUAAUGUUAUAGCUCACUCCCAAGUUUGAUAGAAGUUAAAACAACCCUUUUGAACGGCACAAUAAACUUUACCUGCACAGAUACUUCCCUGGAAAGAAACUUCCUUUUUUGGUGUUAUCCCACCUUUCCUCCAAGGACUUCCAGGGUGGAAUCCAUGCUUCUCCCCUUCCACAUUUUAUCCUCUUAAACAGCCUUGAGAAGUAGAUUAGGCUGAGAGACAGCAUGGACUAGCCUAAAGUCACCCAAUUAGCUUCCUGACUGAGUGGGGGAUUGAAUCCUGGCUUCCCAGGCCCUAGUCUAGCACUCAAACAACUACACCACACUGGAUUAAACACCAAGGCAAAGCUUCAGUGUAACAAACAGAUUGAUUGCUAUCCAAAAGUUGUUUUUUUAAAAAAGAAUCAUUAUCCGUAUACUCAGUCUGACCCAACAGAUAAUUGGCUAAGUUUUGUUUUAACUUGGAUAGAGAAUCUGCCUUUGCUCCCUUUAUAAUCCGCCAUUGCUGUGAUUGGAUAGGGUCUCUGGAGGGGAUUUUUUAAUGAUUGAUUGAUUGGCUAUAAUUGCAAUAGAACGGAAACGUGCUCCUGGCGAAAUGCAGGGUUGCAUAUUAACAGACGUUUAAUCCCCCAGUUAGCCGGUUAACAACGGGAAAGCAGAUCGGGCUUUUGAACUGGGUUAGCAAACCCGACAACCUGAGCUGUUGGUGAUUUGGCACCUUACCUGUGGGUUGUGGCUCCUUCCAGGGAACACCUCCGGGGACUGUAACGUUUUGCAUUAUUAGCACUGUAGAGCUUAGUUUUGGGGAAGGGCCAUAGCUUGGUGCUUAGACCAUCUGCUCUGCAUGCAAAAUAGUGAGAAUCCACCUUGAUGUCCUGGAAAAUGUUGAAUGGGGCUAAUGCAGAGCAACUGAUAAAGCGGGCUGAUGCGUCGAUGAUAAAUCAGCAGCAUGUUGUUGUAUACACCUGCAAUAAAACAGCAGUCUGGAUGGAGUUCAGGGUUUCCUGCGUGCAAUACGUCUGUGGCAUGUACCUUCCCACACCCCAAAAGUAAUGGGAGGAUCCCUCUGCAUCACGGGAGGAACAAAAUCAUGUUGCUUUCCCCCCAUGCCGUUGCUCUAGUUCAGAGACAGCCAGUGUGGUGCUCUUCGGGUGUUACUGCACCCCAGUUACCUCCUGUUCCCAUCAGCCCCAGUUAGCACGGCCAGUGGUCAGGGGUGAAUGGGAGCUGUGGUCCAGCCUCACCCACAGGGCACUCCACAAUUAACCACAAUGGUUUCCUCCACUGUUGGAGGCAGUACGCUACUGAAUGCCAGUAUUGAAGUACGCCUGCUGCUGUUGCACUCAAGUCCUGCAUUCAGGCUUCCCAAGGGCAUCUGGUUGUCCACGGUGAGAAUGAGAUGAUGAUGAGGAUGAUGAGGAUGAUGAUGCUAAUAAUUUUAUUUAUAUCCCGCCCUCCCCGGCCGAAGCCGGGCUCAGAGCAGCUAACAACAGUAAAAUAUGCAGGACUAGAUGGGCCUCCUUUGGCCUGAUCCGGCAGGGCUCUUUAUAGGUUUAUGAGAGAGGCGAUACUGGCUUGGGGAGCCUGGCUGCCUUGCUUCCUGACUUGGGACAGCUGGCAGCUUGGGAAAUUUAGGAAGAGGGGCUUCGGCAUCAUAUCUGCCUAAUGGUAGAGCCGGCCCCACCUGCCUAAUAAGGGGCUUCUGAGGGUGCUCUUGCCUGCCUGUUGCUUAUAGUGUGCCUUUUUGCCUCCCCGUGACGCUUGCUGUCUUAGGCCAUCGAUGCCAGGGAAGAGAAUUAUCCUCCUAAGAGAAAAAGGCUGUUUAGUAUGAAGCCCGUAUAAGCUUCACGAUAUCCGAUUAUGGGUUGCGCUGUGCCAUAUGGGUGCCAUUUAGUGUACCUGCAAGAUAUUAAGCUUUUUAGUUGGCCUGCUCUUUGAGUGCCUAAGUGCAUUAUAUCAAUAAAAUCUCGUUUAAAAUCUGGCACAGAACGGCUUGAAUCGGGUUUUUUCCUUGCUUCUCUGCACAUGGUUUUCAUUAGGUAGAACAUGCAUUUGAUGGAGCAGACAAAGGGAUGUGUGCUUCCUGUCUCUUGUCCUUUCCUUCUGAUAUUUGGGGAAGGUAAAUCGGACACCUGACUAAGUUUGAGGGCCCAGCUUAUAGGGCAACUUCAGAACUUUGUGAGAUGAAAGUUCACCAAGAGGAAUGCCGAGGUGGUGAACACCACCAUAAGCAAUUUCUCCCUUUCCUAAAAAAAACCACAUCAGUUGCAAAUUAACGUGGCAGUGUGUUCCUCUGUAGUGCCCUUUUCUCAAAACUUCUGAUCUGCUUCCUGUUUGUUAUGUGCUGAAAGCAAAACUUUCCGCAGAGGAAUGCAAGAACGGCAGAAGUCUGCAUGCAUCUUUUUACUUUUCCAUGCUGCUGAUUGGCUCAAGGGUUGAUGUUACCUGUAGAUGCUGUAAUUUCCACAUGCCCUGAAUGGUACAGAAAGGAAGUGGUGACUGUUGGCUUUUGUGAGGGUUGAAAUGAGUCACUGCGUGUGAGUGCAUUGGUGGGAGACUUUCACUCCCCAAACAACUAAAAAACAUUUGGGGGUGGCAGCAGCAGCAGCAGGGGGUGGGUGGAAGCUGAUGCUAUUAAUCUAGACUAGAGCUGGGAAACUUCAAAUGUGGCCCUCCAGAUCUCUGUCUGCUUCUCAGGACUCUUCCCAGGCCACACAGCCCUCACUGGUCUUGCUUCACAUCUUCCUUGAGUGUUUUUGCCUGGCUGGAAAUGGGCCCUUGAACUUGGACAAUCCCUGGUUGCUUAGAUGGAAGAUGCUCUGCCCAAGUUGGCUUCUGCUCCAGCACUGGCAUGUGGCUCUGGGGUGAUGCCCAGAAAAUAUUAUGUGGCCCUCUGUCUGGAAAAGAGUCCCCAUCCCUGAUAAAGGCCACCUCCAAGAUUUUUUUUUAGUAAAAGCCACAUAAUCCAACACAAGCCCUAGUCAGAGCAGACCAACUGAAGUUAAUGAACCUGACUAACAUAAGCCUCUUAAUUUCAGUCGGUCUAUGAGUAGGAUGCUUAACCUGACUUCUACACUAGAUUAGAUUAUUUCUAAAUUCAUUUAUUCAAAGUGUUUUUAUAUUGGGUGGGGAAAGGUUCUCAGAGCAGCUUGCAGAUGUAUCAGCAAUAAAGAUAGCUCCUGACCUUAGAUAUACAGUCAAAGGGUUGCAUCCAGAUAAGUUCUACUUGGAGUAAACCCAUUGAAACGAAAAGACCUAGGUUAGUCACACCCAUUAAUUUCAUUGAGUCUACACUAGGUAUGGCUAAUGUUGGACACAACCCAAGGACCACAACACACAAGGAAAAGUGAUUGGGAGGGGAAAGGGGGGGGGAGCAAAAGCAAAUGCUGGUUCUUGUUCCUAGUUGCGGAAUUCCCAGAAUGCAAACUAUUAAAAGGCAGGAGGAGUUCAAAUUUGCUGGUCUCUCAGCUGAGCCAGUGGAGAAUCUCUGCUGCCUCAUCUCUCCCUCUGAUAUUGCUUGAUUCUGAAUAGCCCCUUUCUGCCUCCCGGUUACGUUGCCAGAACCCCGGCGCCUGCUAACCUGAUUUCCGCCACUUCUCACUAAUUGCUACGUGGUUACAAAAAUUUUCUAUUACAGGCAUUGUUUUGUCGAGCUUCUAAAUGUAGAAUCCUCUUAAUUGGGACAGCAUGUCAGGCUGCGUAUUGUCCCCAAAAAACACAGCUGGUACCAAAUAUAAAAGGCCUUUUAAAGGGACAUGAUUAUUGCAACAGCUUACUAAAAAUAAAUCCCCUCGUUUCAAAAUUUCUAGCAGGUGAAAUGUUCAAAACACCUUGCAUGAAUUAUUUUGGGGAUGCUUACAGCGUAAAGUGGUACGAUGCUGCUUUAAAUGCAUAGUUCGACCGAAAUGCACCUUAACCCUGUUAGAUUCUGUUCUGCUCUCUCUUGACAGCCCUCCAGGAAAGUAUUGUUUAAAGUAGGCAUAGGCAAACUCCGGCCCUCCAGUUGUUUGGGACUACAGUUCCCAUCAUCCCUGACCACUGGUCCUGUUAGCUAAGGAUGAUGGGAAUUGUAGUCCCAAACAUCUGGAGGGCCAGAGUUUGCCUAUGCCUGGUCUAAAGCCCAAGCUUAGGGUCUAGUCUAGCUGUGUAAACCUGGGUCAUUGAUUUGCUUUCGGGUUUUUUCCACCUGCAGGUGAAAGACCUGACCAAGUUCUUGGACCCCGCCGGGCUUGGAGUAAUCAGCUUUGAAGACUUCUAUCGAGGAAUCUCAGCUAUCAGGAACGGAGGUUGGUUUUUAUUCUUAUGCCCUGAGAUUGGGAGGAAGACAUUCCAAGCACUUCCUGAACCUUCCCAGCAUCGAGGCAUUUCCUGACAUUGUUGAUGUACCCCCUCCCCUCCCACAGGGUCUUUCAUGCCUCUUCCUUGAAAUGUCAGUGUCCUCCUUUGAAAGAAAUGAGAGAUGGGUGUGUGUGGUCAUUUAGGCCAUUACUGCAAUGCACUCUACGUGGGGCUACCUUUGAAGGUGACCCGGAAACUGCAAUUAAUCCAGAAUGCGGCAGCUAGACUGGUGACUGGGAGUGGCCACUGAGACCAUAUAACACCGGUCCUGAAAGAUCUUCAUUGGCUCCCAGUACGUUUCCGAGCACAAUUCAAAGUGUUGGUGUUGACCUUUAAAGCCCUAAAUGGCCUCAGCCCAGUGUAGCUGAAGGAGCGUCUCCACCCCCAUCAUUCAGCCCGGACACUGAGGUCCAGCACCGAGGGCCUUCUGGCGGUUCCCUCACUGCGAGAAGCAAAGCUACAGGGAACCAGGCAGAGGGCCUUCUCGGUAGUGGCGCCCGCCCUGUGGAACGCCCUCCCACCAGAUGUCAAAGAGAUAAACAACUACCUGACAUUUAGAAGACAUUAGAAGGCAGCCCUGUUCAGGGAAGUUUUUAAUGUGUGACAUUUUAAUGUAUUUUUAAUAUUUGUUGGAAGCUGCCCAAAGUGGCUGGGGAAGCCUAGCCAGAUGGGUGGGGUACAAAUAAAUUAUUAUUAUUAUUAUUAUUGCUUACUAGGGAGUAACACAGGGAGGGAAGGCACUGUGCAUCACUAAAUUAUAGAAUCCGCUCCCACAAGAAGCAGUGGUGGCCGCCAAUUUGGAUGGCUAAUCAUCUCUGGUUAAAAGAUGGGUUUGGACAGCAGUACUGAGAAAGGACUGUAUCUGUCACUGAAGGGCUGCUGCCAGUCAGAGCAGACAGUAAAGGACUAGAUGAACUGACUCUGGCCAGUGCUGUGUCACAUGCACCAACUUCCACUCUGUUUCUUAGUGUUGACUUGACUACUUUUUGUCUCAAGGUAGUUCCAGGUUCAUGGCUCUUGCAUUAAUAUACAAAGCCCUCAAGCACUGUUAGCAGCUCCCCUGGGUCUCAGAAGCCUGACUGGCCUCAACGAGAAGUUGGGACGUUUCGUGUUGCUGCUCUCAUGCUUUAAGAACGUAAAAGGAGCCUGCUGGAUCAGGCCAGUGGUCCAUCUAGACCAGCAUCCUGUUCUCACAGUGGCCCUGUGCAGUACCCCCGCAAGCAGUGCCUGAGAACAAGGGCGCUCUCCCUUCCAGCGGUUUCCAGCAACUGGGAUUCAGAGGUAUACUGCCUCUGACUGUGAAGGCGCAGAGCACAGCCUCCAUUAUGACUAGUAGCCAUUCAUAGCCUUAUCCUGCACAAAUCCUCUUCUAAAGCCAUGCGAGUUGGUGGUCAUCACUGCCUCCCGUGGGAUCAAGUGCCAGAGUUUUAACUAUUAACUUAUAUGAAGAAGUCCUGAAUUAUCUAACGUUCAGCUUCACUGAAUUUCCAUGAGUUCUACUGUUAUGAGGGAUCAAAUCUUUUCUCUAUCCACUCCCUUCAUUCAUGCCGUGUAUAAUUUCAUAAGCUUCUAGCAUGUCACCUCUUACUUCCUUUUUCCUCCUCCAAGCUAGAAAGUCCCAAAUGUUGCAACCUUCCCUCACGAGGGAAUCUCUCCAACCCUUUGAUCAUUUUGGUAGGCCUGUUCUGAACCUUUUCCAACUCUACAAUAUCCUUUUUAAGGUGAAUACUCUUUUCAGCAAGCAUCUUUGCUGUUGACUUUUAGACAUUACCGUAUUUUUCGUUCUAUAGGACGCACAUUUCCCCCUCCAAAAAUUAAGGGGAAAUGUGUGUGCGUCCUAUAGAGCGAAUGCAGGCUGCGCUGCUAAGCCCAAAGCCAGAACAGGAAGACGGAGCACUGCGGAGCGCUCCGUCUCGCUGCUCUAGCUUGGGGGCGGCUGCGCGCUCAGCCUCUCCAGGGCAGCGGGGUGCCUUCACCCUGCUGUCCUGCAGAAGCUAGCAAGGCUGUUCCCAAGCCAGAACAGCGAGACGGAGGGCUCCGUUUCGCUGCUCUAGCUUGGGGAUGGCUGCGCGCAAACCUGUGCAGGGCAGCGGGGCGCUGCGCUCCAGAGGCUUCAGGGAUCUUUGAGGCUGGCAGUGGGGAAGCAGCGCUUCCCCACUGCCAGCCCCACAAGCUCUGGUGAAUGUACCUUGAACGCACCUUGUUUUAGAGGGGGAGAACAAGAAAAAAAUUUUUUUCCCUGUUCUCCCCCUCCUAUGAUCCGGUGCGUCCUAUGGUCCGGUGCGUCCAAUGGAGCGAAAAAUACGGCACUUGAAGACCUUUUCAUGCUGCGAGGCCUGUGCAGAUGCUUAAACUUCUUUGAUUAAUCCAUUUUAAUGACUAUUUUGUAUUGUUCUCAGCGGCAUUUUAUGUUCUGUCAAACUUAAGUGUCUUACAUGGCCUUGAUAUUUGAGUUGGCUUUCUGUAAAGUAAUAAAAGUUAAAUACUCCCUUGCAAUGCGUAGAGCGUCCAGAGGUUGCCGCUUUGGAAAGCACCACUCUGUCCUCUUUGUAUCUGUGGCCGGGAGGACUGAAAAUUCUGUUCUGUGCUACAGAACCAUGGGCACGUCAGAAGAAACACUAACUUUGGAAUCUUCCAAAAUUGACAUCGGAACAACCUCUGCUCAGCUCCAAACGCUUUAGGGGCAAUUGUCCCAGGAUAAAGCUACAAAUGUAUGUUUAAAAGAUACAGCUUGGGAGGGGACAAUGGAAGUCUUAAGAGUAUUUGUGCUGUGCUCUCUAGAACAGCUUUCUCGGAGACAUGGCUUCAGGUUUCUCUCCAUAAUUCAUUGCUUGCAGUAUCAUGGUGUUGCGCUAAUUAGAUAGAAGUAACAGCUAACAAAGCCCUUUAAUUCAGGGCUCCCUUAACUGUAAGUCUUUGGAGUUGAAUAUUUUUGGGCUUUCUUAUAGUGACUGAAUUUGAAGUAGCCAUCAAACCCUGUUCUUUCUUUAUUCCUGUUGACAACUAGGGACAUUAAAAGAUUCCAGAGCCUCUUGGUUUGAGAAUAGUGGUAGUUUCUCCCAAGGUGUUGGUACUGGGACAGCAGCUGAAGGUGGCACCUCAUCUGGAGUAAUGUGCUGAACAUAGGAGUAUGCCUUAUACUGAUUCUCAGAGUACAGUGGUACCUCUGGAUGCGAAUGUGAUCCGUUCCGGAGCCCCGUUCACAUCCUGAAGCAAACUCAACCUGUGUCUGCGCGCAUGCGCGGGUCACGAUUUGCCGCUUCUGCGCAUGCGCGUAAUGUCAUUUUGAGCAUCUGCGCAUGCGCAAGCAGCAAAACCUGGAAGUAACGCAUUCCGUUACUUCCGGGUUGCCGCGGAGCACAACCCGAAAACGCUCAACCUGAAGCAACUUUAACCUGAGGUAUGACUGUAUUGGUCUAUCUAGCUCAGAAUUGUCCACACUGUGUGGCAGUGGCUCUCCAGCGUAUCAGACAGGUACAGAUACCAGUGAUUGAAUGUGGGCCUUCUGCAUGCAAGACAGAUAGAUGCUCUAGGACUGAGGAUUCAAGCACAAGAGCACCAUCCCCUUCUGUGGUUUCCAGCAACUGGUAUUCAGAAGCAUUUGCCUUCCACUGCGGCAGCUGAGCAUAGCCAUGAAACCGAAACAGGGGAGAAGCCCAGUUCCUGGCAAUUUGGCAGCCUUGAGGCGUGAUGUGUUUCCUAUGCCUACCCUGCACAAAGCCGUUGUUGGCUUCCUCCCGACAGCAAUUCUUAAAGCUUCCACUGGUGAAGCAAGCAGGUUUUGCUGACUAAUGUCACACCUGAAAGUACACGAUGCAGUUGGCAACAAACAAAAUAUCUUUUUUUAUACCUAGCCUUUCUUGCUUAGUCUGCUGACACAAAUGCUAACUUUCUUCCCACCCCCUUGUGAUAUAUCUGCAUUGCAGUUCACUUUUUCUCAGCUGAAGGGAAAUUGGAAGUUGUUCGGUCACAUGGAUGGGUAGGGCGGGGGGGGGGGGAAACUCCCUACCUGGAAUUAAGUUUGUUUUGUUUUUACAAUAGUAUCAGAUCCAGAUUGUUUAAGACUCUAAACUAUAAGCAAAAGUUGUCCUUGGCUCAAAUGCUGCUUCUGUGAACAUGCUAGGGCAAAAUCCAGUGGUGGUAGAGCCCAGAAAUGAUAGUUGGGCUGUACCACAUCAGAUUGCUGAUGAGCGAACUCCUUUGUGCACAACGCCCCCACCCCCCAAGAAAAGAAAAGAAAUUCUUUGUAAGUGGAAAGCUAGUGUAAAGGUAAAGGACCCCUGGAUGGUUAAGUCCAGUCAAAGGCGACUAUGGGGUUGUGACGCUCAUCUCACCCCUUUUCAAACACCCUCGCUUGUGGAGUGUUCCCUCAGCCUCCUCUCCUCUUCCCUCUCCUUAGGACAGCCUCUCUGGGCAGCCACUGCUGCUGCCCCUGGUCUCUGAGCUGCCCCCCCAAUCCCAAGGAGAGGUGCUUCCUCACAGUGCCCCACAGAGGCCUUGGAAGCACCCCUUGGGCAGCCCCAGAGGCACCAUUUGCCUGGGGAGCGUGUAGCCAGGGCUACUGAUGCAGCAAAGAGCCGUGCAAGCCUUUGGGAGGCAGAGAGGGCAUCAAAGGCAGGAGGGAAAGAAAGAGGGACAGAGGCCAUGUUGCCCGUGGCACCCCUGACCACCAUUCAAGGCACCAUGGCACACUGGUGGAAAACCACUGAUUUAGUACCAUCAGCAAACUUGACUACCUCACUGUUCACUCCUAAUUCUAGACUGUUUAUGAGCCAGUUAAAAAGCACAGAUUCCAAUACCAAUCCUUUGGGAGGGGGGACAAUGACUCUAUUUUCUACUUCUCUCCAUUCAAAGAACUGUCCAUUUAUUCCCACUCUUUGCUUCCUGCAACCUAACCAAUUCCUGAUCCACAAGAGGACUUCUCCUGUUAUUUCUUGACUGCUAAACUUACUCAGGAGUCUCUGGUGAAGUCCAUAAAGACAACCCUAAGACUAAGGAGGAAGAAGCUUGCAGGAUAGACUCCUCCCGCAUUUUCACCAGUGAUCUGGCGGUCUUCAUAGCCUCCACUUCCUCUACUAGCUUAGCAGCAUUUGAGCAGAUGAUCCAAUGCGUUGACCUACUUUUUCCGAGAGGAGAAGCAGCAAGGAAGUUUGUAACAGUGAUGUCGGUUUGCCUUUGCUACUGCAGACUCAAAAUGGGGAUGGCAGGAAGCUACCCAGAUGUGGAGCAUUGCGGUCGUUGCAUUGACAUCACAGCCUUGAGGCUCCAACCGAAUGAAGGAUUUGCAGGAAAAUCUCUGGCCUUCUCGAAGCUUCUGCCUGUCUUCUUUUCUACUCUGCUCUUCUGCUGUAUUCACUGGGCAGUUCUAGCACCAAGCCAUCAGCACAGGAAGAAUGCUAGACUCAGUUAUUCCACUGUGGCAUAUCUUGAUAACGAUUUAUCAGAAUAUCUAACAUGCAGUGUUAGAAACUCAGCUAUAUAAUGUAAUUGCCUAAUGACACCUUAAACCCAGGUUAUGAUCCGCCACAAUAGAACAACCCAGAAUAAAACAAAUUCAAGCUUCAAGCGAAAUAUUUCACAUUCUUCUCUCAGGGACAUUUUGCUUUCACCCUGUUUAUUUACCUACUUAAUUUAUAGUGCUGCCCGUAGCAGAAGUGUUCUAGGAAGCUAGUGUGGUGUAGUGGUUAGUGUGUUGGACCUAGGACCUUGGAGAUCAGAGUUCAAAUCCCCACUUAGUCAUGAAGCUCAUUGGGUGACCUUAGUCACAGUCUCUUAACCUACCUCACAGGGUAAUUGUAGGGGUUUAACUGAUGCAGAGGGUGAACCAUGUACUCGUUGGAGAAAAGGGUAGGAUCUAAAUGCAGUAAAUGAGUUGUUCUGCUUAUAUGCUUAAGAAAGCUCGAGGAGCUAGCCAGAUGGAGAUGUCAGUUGCCAGCCUGAUAUCCAGAGAUCUCCAAAUGGUCGCAAUUGGACCCACACCAGUAGCAAAACGUGCCUGGCGCCUGGCUAAUGUCUGACACUGGCCACAUGCUGGUUAGCAGAAUAGCUGAUGUAUUCUCCCCCCUCGUAAUUUAGGCUAGAUUCUGCUUCCACACCCUCAGCCCAUUCUAUCCUUCGUCCACACAAGCAAAAGGAUUAUCAGUUCAAGGACAUGCUUUAGUUGGGCACAAAAACUCAGGUGACCAAGCAGGGCCAGUGAGGGCCCUGGGGAGAGUUCUGAGGGCCAGAUCAAGAGGUGGGGGCUGCAUUUGGCCCCCAGGCCUGAGGCUUCCCACCCCUGAUCUAAAGAAUGGCAGUACAGUGGUACCUCGGGUUAAGAACUUAAUUUGUUCCGGAGGUCCGUUCUUAACCUGAAACUGUUCUUAACCUGAAGCACCACUUUAGCUUAUGGGGCCUCCCGCUGCCGCCACGUGAUUUCUGUUCUCAUCCGGAAGCAAAGUUCUUUACCCGAGGUACUAUUUCUGGGUUAGUGGAGUCUGUAACCUGAAGCGUUUGUAACCUGAAGUGUCUGUAACCCGAGGUACCACUGUAUGGAGCAUGUUGCUUUGGGUGCUUUAAUUUUCCUCCAAAAAAGCUAGAAGCAGCCAGGUGACAUUUUAUUUUUCUUUCUUUCUUUCUAUUUAUUUAUUUAGAGCAUUUGUACCCCACUCCUCAGCGAAAGAAACUCCCAGAGCGGUUUACGUACAAUCAAAACGAGACAGUCCUUACCCGUAGGGUAAAAUCUAAAAGAACACAGUACACGAGGGACAAGGAGGGGAAGAGGAAAAUCAAAACAGUUGUUCCUAUAAUGCCCAGCUGGCACAACUGAGGGGGUGGAGGUGCCAGCAAAGCUGAUGAAAUGAGCCCUGCUUCCUGCCUCUCCCACAGAGGCAGUCUGGUGGAAUGGCUGGCCCCAGGUGACCGUUGAGAGGAGAGGAGGAGGCCUGAUGGAGCUGGCCUGUCACAGCAGAACCCAUGGAAUCUCACCCUUUCCCAACUCGGGUUGCUGGAUCUUAUGGAAUGGCAACAAUUGAUGCAGAGUUGGUGCAAUGCUGUGACAUCCCCAGGGCUUUGCUUCCCCAGUCUGGUCCUGUCUCCACAGUCCGUUGGCACAAUAGCCUAUCUUCCUGCCUCAGCUCUCGAAACUAUUCUGCUCCAGCCCCCCUGGUCUCGGCGGCGUGUCUCCCAGGCGCCACAAGGCCAUAAUGCUCUCCCAGCUGACUUAAUGCUCCUGAAAGCUUCUAUUGUUGUAGGUUGGGCCUAUGCGAAGCAGGGGAAAAGCAAACAUGGCUCCGGUCCUGAUCGACGCGUUGCUUUUUGCUGCCCUUGCUCAUUUCACAAAUGUUGUCAUAUCCCGUGUGCAAGCACCCAUCUCACUCCAGCAACUGUUGGAGGAAAAUGGAUAUUGACUCCAUUGUAUUGCAAUGAGCAAAGCUGAAUGAGAGACUUGUGUCUGGUUAAAAGCUGAAGGCUCUGAUGACUGUGUGUCAGUGGUGGCUGUGGUGCCCAUUGGGACUGGUAGGGUGGAAGGCAGGGAGCCCAACAGUAGGGGGAGCCAGAGGCAACAACAAGCAGAGCCAACUACAGUGGUACCUCGGGUUACAGACGCUUCAGGUUACAGACUCCGCUAACCCAGAAAUAGUACCUCGGGUUAAGAACUUUGCUUCAGGAUGAGAACAGAAAUUGUGCGGCGGCAGCGGGAGGCCCCAUUAGCUAAAUUGGUACCUCAGGUUAAGAACAGUUUCAGGUUAAGAAUGGACCUCCAGAAUGAAUUAAGUUCUUAACCCAAGACUGUAGUUCUAGUUUUGUCCUCACACUGCCUUCUGAAAGGGCAGAACCGAGGCCAAAGACGAGGAAACUGACCAUUAGGGCUGCGCUCAGCUGAGACUCAGGAGCAGGAGGGCAGCCAGGACUGGUUGUCAGCAAGAAGGCAAACAUCUGGGGGUGCCCGCUGUGCCCAUGUGGCUUUUGGGGAUCUGCUUGGGACACGGCAGUCGGGAUGGCAAAUCCCAAGGGCUCUGUUGCUGUACCAAUGCUCUCUCUCUUUUUAGCUAUUGUAUUUCUGGGCACACCAGCGCUACAAGGUCCCGUUGACCAUGCUCGACAGCACGUGCGCCUGUAAUGUGCAGAUGGGGAGUCCUUUGUGGGUUUGUGUUGCUAAUGAGCAGUGAGGGUUUGUGGGUUUUUUAACGCUCAUUUGAACAGGGAUUCAAAAGCUUUCAUGUAGCCUAUUGUGUUGGCGGGGACCGUUGGGUGAGGUCACCAUAGCAACAUCAACUGUAUACAAUGUGCCCAUAUGCUUCGGGGGGGAGGAAGACCUGCACCAAGAGAGAAGCAAUAAUGAGUUGGGUAGACGACUCCAAGCCAUGUCGAACUUGUCCUUUCUGUGCCGUUGGUCCUGGACCUGUGAAGAAGUUGGCAGGCAGCCAGCUCCCUGCUGUCUCUCUGUUGUAACUGCAGAACAACACUUUGAUUGGGUGGGUGGGCUGGAGGGGUGGCCUGGCAGCCUUUCAGAGAUCCUAAUUCUAGAGAUGCUAAUGAAUAUACAGAGGAGGGAUGUUGGAUUUCAAAAAGACACUCAUGUGGGAAAAGCUGGGUAGCAUGCAUUUAAAGUACAGUGGUACCUCUGGAUGUGAACGGGAUCCGUUCCAGAGCCCCGUUCGCAUCCUGAAGCGAACGCAACCUGUGUCUGCGCGUGCGCGGGUUGUGAUUCGCCGCUUCCACACAUGUGCAUGACGUCAUUUUGAUACCUGAGAUUGGGCCUGACUUCUUCUCCAUGCAAAACUCUGAACUUAACUAUGUGCCUUUUUGUAAUAGGUGCAUCAUCAAUUUGGGAUGAUCAUAAUGUGUGUGUUUUUUGUUUGUUUGUUUUAAAGUGUUCACAACAUCCUUUAAGAAGUUAUUGUCGUUCUCCAAUUCUGUACCUACCCUUUUGGAAUGAGGGAGAUCAGGUGCUUUGCACAAACUCCAUCCACUACGCCACACUGCCUCUCUAACCCAGUGUACCAUCUGACGCAAUGUAAAUCUGCUGCAGUAAGUCUAGGGAGUUUUUUACUGCAGCAAACUCAACAUGCACGGCAUCAUUAUUUUAUUGGAUUUGCUGCAAUAAAUGAGAACUUGGCAGUUAAUUUACCCCAGGACAAAAAUGAUAGUUUGCAAGCUGUGUUGUGGUUGGUAGAUUUGGUUCAUUCAGUUCCUGAGCAUGUAAAGUUGUAAACUUUAUUAUGUGGUCAAGUGAGAGAAAGACUUGUGGUAGCAAGAGACCUGAUUGUGUAAAAGAACCUUCUGAUCUCAAAGUCUUUUUCUGCCUUUAAAUGAGCAGACAUCCUGACACGUAUCUCUUGGCUAUGCCAGUGGAGAGUUACUAAUUAGGGUCUCGCACCAGAGUAAUAUUCCAAACUGUAGCAUACUCUGGGAAUAUGCUGCUCCUAACAACCAGACCAGAAGAACAAAAUUAUUAUUUCAUUUUAAAAAUGCCCAAUCCAUUUCAAAAGGGGGUUGAGGAACUGCAACUCGCUCUAUUUAAAAUCACUUUUCCUUCUGCAAUAUACAAAAUGCUGCUCCACAACUCUGCAGACCCCCUUAGCACAAUUAAAAAACCAUGGGAGCAUGACAUAGGUUACGAGAUAAACUCUACCCAUUGGACUAGAAUGUGGUCUAAACCUCCCUUUAAAUCCAUUUUAGCCAAAAGAAGGGAAAUCACUUUGAAACUUAUCUGUAGAUGGUAUCUUACACCAAGGAAAUUGAUACUAAUACAUCCAGGAACCUUACCAAAAUUCUGGAGAGGCUGCACCUCUACAGGCACGUACCUCCACAUGUGGUGGGAUUGUCCCUGAAUCCAACCCUUUUGGACAGCAGUCCUACAAGAAAUAUGUAAAGUAACUAAGCAGGUAUUGGAACCCAUCCCAGAACUGACCCUAUUAAAUAUUUUCCCAGACAGAAAUGCUCACUCACAGUAGAAAGAGCUUAUAACCCACCUACUCUCAGCAGCCAGAAACAUCAUAGCUGGACACCGGAGAGACCUGUCAGGAGUAAACAUGGACCUUGGGCACCAAAUGGUAUAGGGAAACAGCUUUAAUAGAAAAGCUAACCGAUAGAUUGAAACUGACAUGGGGACAAAUAAAACAGAGAAACUGACAUGGAGCCACCUUCACCCUGGUAUGAUGAUGAUGAUGAUGUUGUUUAGUCGUUUAGUCGUGUCCGACUCUUCUUGACCCCAUGGGCCAGAGCACACCAGGCACUCCUGUCUUCCACUGCCUCCCGCAGUUUGGUCAAACGCAUGUUAGUAGGUUCGAGAACACUGUCCAACCAUCUCGUCCUCUGUCAUCCCCUUCUCCUUGUGCCCUCAAUCUUUCCCAACGUCAGGGUCUUUUCCAGGGAGUCUUCUCUUCUCAUGAGGUGGCCUAAGUACUGGAGCCUCAGCUUCAAGAUCUGUCCUUCCAGUGAGCACUCAGGGCUGAUUUCCUUCAGAAUGGAUAGGUUUGAUCUUCGGCUCCCCUUUAUUACACACACAGCUCAAAAUGACAAUAAGGAUAGCAGAGAUGUAUCAGCAGCAUACAGAUCAGUAUGGCUAACUUGACCCAAGAAUCCAUUUCUCCCUUCCACACAUGCAAAUGAAUCUCAUGGCGGUCAAUCAAAGGCAAACAACCAUGCCCCAGGCCCCCCUCAACCUUCUCUCACUGCCCACAUAAACCAACAAAUGUAUAGAAAGAGAACCUACCCAAAUGACGUCGACAUAAAAACCUUACCCAUAUACCAAUUUGGGGAAAUGAAAAAAUAAUGUGCAAAUUUAUCACUCGCCCUCUCCUCUCUCCCCUUCCCUCUGGGUGCCAUAUUGACUUGCAUUGAAUGUAACCCAAAGACUUUAUAAUCUGAACAAAAAAAGGGAGUGACGUUGCAUGUUCUUUUGUAGUUGAUGAAAAUCUUUAAUAAAAAGUAUUUAAGAUCAGUUUUCCAGGAUAUAAUGGUCUCCUCCUGGAUGUGAUUUCAGAAGAGCAGAAAUUUACAAAGCCUCGAAAGGGGAAUUGUUGCAAACCAGACCGGCUGCAAUGUGCAGAAUCAGCAGCCGUAAAACCGCCGUUUGAGAAGCACGGCUUGUGUGUUGAAACGAUGAGCCAGCUAUACUCCUUGCUGCUCAGGCUGCGCUACUGGCUGAAGACGGGACCUAAGCUCGUUUCUCAGCAUGAAUUACGGUAUUGCCCUUGGCAGCCGCAGACCCUGGUUUAAGAGAUCUAAUUUAUCAGGCUGCCAUGUGCUAGACUUCAGCUGUAGUGGACUGAUCCUGAUAGAAUAGCCUUUUCCCGCUUUCAUAUUAUAGGGGACAGUGUCGCAGUAAGGGAAGAGCGGAAGGACUGUAGCUCAGGGAUGGGGGAACUCAGUUUCACUCCUUGACAUCUUCAGGGUAGGGCUGGGAAUGUCCCCUUGCCUGAAACCCUGGAGAACCGCUGCCAGUCAAUGUAGGCCAGGUUUCCUCAGCCUUGGCCUUCCAGAUGUUUUUGGCCUACAACUCCCAUGAUCCCUAGCUAGCAGGACCAGUGGUCAGGGAUGAGGGGAAUUGUAGUCUCAAAACAUCUGGAGGGCCGAGGUUGAGGAAGCCUGGUGUAGGCAAUACAGUGGUACCUCGGGUUACAGACGCUUCAGGUUACGGACUCCGCUAACCCAGAAAUAGUACCUCAGGUUAAGAACUUUACUUCGGGAUGAGAACAGAAAUAGCGCAGCAGUGGCGGUGGCAGAGGGAGGCCCCAUUAGCUAAAGUGGUACCUCAGGUUAAGAACAGUUUCAGGUUAAGAAUGGAUCUCCAGAAUGAAUUAAGUUCGUAACCUGAGGUACCACUGUACUGAGAUUAGGUCUGAGGAGGUGCAAGACAGCUUCCUAUGUUUCUAACAUGGCAAAGAGUAACUUUGUACUAAUGUAAAAAUGGUUUUUCCUCUAGGAACCUUCUCACUUGUGUUGCUUUUGCGCAGGAAAACUAUUGCAUGAACAAAUUUGUAAUCCCAUGGUAGGGAAGCGCCAAGUAUAGGUAGAAAAAUGUUCUCAUGGGGUUGGGGGUGGGGAAGAUUCUCAAGCAAAAUACUGUUGACAGCUUUCCGGGUCGUGUAACCAGCAUGACUAAACCGCUUCUGGAGCAAUGGAACACCGUGACGAGUGCCAGAGCGCAUGGAAACGCCAUUUACCUAUGUUUUUAUCUGUCAGUGUCAGUGUGGUAGCAGCAAACUGAUACAUUCUCUAUGCCCGCUCUAAUAGUAGAUUAUUAAUAUUUUUUAUCCACCUUUAUAACUAUUUUCUUACCUUUUCAAAAUUAAUUAUAUUUAACAAAUGCAUUUUCAGUUUCAUUUGACCACACUGUGAAAUUUUGCCAUUUUCUUAUUUUUGACAUAAAAUUAUAAUUUUCUAUAGUCUAAUUUGAAUUUGCAUCCCCAAAACAUCACCACACCACACUUGCAACUGUGUUAGAUUUCUGGGUCAUAUGUUAGAUUUCUGGGUAUGGUUAGAUUUGACCACUAACUUGUUGCUUUUAACAUAUAGCCACAAGAUUUUAAAACUUAAAGUUUGUUUCUUUAAACUUAUAUGCAAAUAUUUUAUUUUUUUUAAAAAAAAGAGAUUUUCCUGAGCUCAGCUUUUGGAAUCUGACCAAAAUCUUAAAUGGCCUUUUUGACCUCCUCUUGGAACAUGCAUUGUAAAUUCUGUAUUUGUGUGCCUACGGUAAUCAAUAUCUCUUGGAUUUUGGUAUCUUGAGAGUUGAAGGUGUCGGGGUGCCCUCCAGGUGUUUUUCACGACUAAGUUGAGGAAUGCUGUGUUAAAGCAACAUUUGUUCAAGAAGCAAAGCCCCUUUUCAGCUUCAGGUGUGCCAUGAUUCUAUAUGUGUCUUUUUCUUUUAAUAUUUGGGACAAUUUACCGUAUUUUUUGCUCUAUAAGACUCACUUUUUCCCUCCUAAAAAGUAAGGGGAAAUGUGUGUGCGUCUUAUGGAGCGAAUGCAGGCUGCACAGCUAUCCCAGAAGCCAGAACAGCAAGAGGGAUCACUGCUUUCACUGCACAGUGAUCUCUCUUGCUGUUCUGGCUUAUGAGAUUCAGAAUAUUUUUUUUCUUGUUUUCCUCCUCCAAAAACUAGGUGCGUCUUGUGGUCUGGUGCAUCUUAUAGAGCGAAAAAUACGGUAUAUCUCUUGCUGGAAUAUUAUUUUUGCAUUGGCUCCAACAAAUUUCUACUCCUGAGUAUGCCUAGCGUUUAAUACAACUUUUUACGUACUUUCAAUUAAAUAAAAUUUAUUUUACUGCAGCGAGAAGCAAACGAUAUUUUCAAGCAAUUAUCUCAUAAUAGCGGGCAUGCUGCCUCUCAGAGGGAGGCGAUUCUGCUCUAUCUCUGUAUCAGCAGGGAUUGAACAUUGCAGCUCACCUCACCUAGAGAUGCAACAUGGUUUUCCCCACUGGAAGCGGAGAUAAAGGCAAGGAGAGACGCACAGCGGGCGCCAGAGGAGCCUAGGGGCCAAGGUCCUUUCGUCCCCCCUAAAAUAAUUGAGGGGGCUGCCCCCCUGAGUUGAAGGGAAUUCCCAUUCAAAUGGUUUGUGUGUGCCACGUCAUGUGAUCGAUUAUGCAGGGUAGGGUUUACCUGGAACCCCCCAAUAUUUUAUUUAAGCGGGCACCCCUGGUGGACACCCUCCUCUGUGGGUGGAAACUUUGGGCUUACAGAAUGUCCUUUGCAUUAAUCUCCUGAUGCUUCUCCUGCUGCUUGAGACUUCACUGGAGGAGCAUUCCAACCCUCAAUGUUGCUUUUUUAAAUAAAAAAAACCUGCCUUUCCCUCCUGUAAUAAUAAUUUGGUGUGUGUCUGUGUGUUCUCACCCCCUUUCAGCAGUUCCUGACAGCCAGCUCUGCACUAUGGGAUAUGCCCAUGAUGAACCACCAUCUGCCUGUCCCGAUGAGUUUGAUGACUUUGUCACAUUUGAGGUGAGUGUCUGAACACAAAGCCUUUUGCUUGCCCCUAGUGACUAAGGCCUGUACAGGGUUUGAGUCUUUACAGCAGCUGUCUCCAGCCUUUUCAGGCUCAGAAGACUGGCCUUAAAUCCAGACAUGUAUUUGGGGACCCCGUUGCUUAAUUCGUCAAUUUGUUACCUGGUUGGGAGUGCUGCUGUGGUGACCCACCUUAAACCAGGCCACAUGGUCAUGGGUCUCAGCUAGGGAUGGGGGAAAAUGCCAUUCAGUUUAAAGGCAAACUUGCCUUUUAUCCUUCAAAAUUUGCUCCUUUCCAAAUUUUGCAAUGCAGGUCUCCAGCCAAGUUAUCUGUGCAACAAUGCAUAUACUAAAGUGUGCAUAUGUUUGUGAAAAUAACGUUGUUGGUUUUUUUUAAAAAAAUGUAUUAUAUUGCAGAAAAUUGCUUGGCAAAAAUGAAAUGCCCUAAAAUGCUGAUGAAGUGUCGUGAGGACUUUUAAAAAGUAUUCACCAGCUGAUGAGGAAAUGUGGUAUUCUUAAUCUGUGAGGGCUUUCUUGGCAGCCUUGCAAGGUGGCAGUGCCAUGCGCCACCGUUUACAGGAUCUCUCACACCCACCGCCCUCCACUCCUGCCACAUUUAUUUUCUUAAGAAUGCUUGCUUUUGCAAAGAAGCAUCCGUCUGUGUGCAGGACUGGAUGGAGACCAGAAUUAUAUGCCCACUGCUUGAAAUUAGUUAGCAUGGCCCAUUUUGCUUUUCUUGAUAAGUGGGCAGGGACUGGUAGCCUUGAUUUCUUGGUGUAGCAUUUGUUUAAUUCUCCUUCCUCUAGUCUGCAGGUUCAGGGGUGAGUAUUGCAAGCAUGUAUUGCAAGGGACACGGGUGGCGCUGUGGGUUAAACCACAGAGCCUAGGACUUGCCAAUCAGAAGGUCGGCAGUUCGAAUCCCCACAACGGGGUGAGCUCCCGUUGCUCGGUCCCUGCUCCUGCCAACCUAGCAGUUUGAAAGCACGUCAAAAUGCAAAUAGAUAAAUAGGUACCGCUCCAGCCGGAAGGUAAACGGCGUUUCCGUGUGCUGCUUUGGUUCGCCAGAAGCGGCUUAGUCGGCUGGCCACAUGACCCGGAAGCUGUACGCCGGCUUCCUCAGCCAAUAAAGCAAGAUGAGCGCCACAACCCCAGAGUCGGUCACGACUAGACCUAAUGGUCAGGGGUCCCUUUAUCUUUACCUAUUGCAAGCAUGAAAGACUGGGGAAGUUCAAAUCUUUAUUUGCCUCACCUUAUCCAGUGUCAGGCCUUGUCUCCAACAUGGAUUUUCCCCACCUCUUCCUUUGGUUACCCAUUAAGGAAGCUUUGCAGGAUUGAAGUAUAUGGCUGUCAGCCUGUCUUGAUGACAUGAGUGCUCUGUUUCAUGCUAGUCAUUUGCCUGGGGCAGAUCAGGGUGCAGGGAUGUUGAAGCCUGUGGCUACUGGGUUGCUGCAAAUUGUGAGCUUUCCACUCCAUUCAAAAGAACAGUGUAACCGGCAAAUGGGGGUGGGGGGGGCAGCGUGACAACUAAAUAUUUUCAAGCCCAAUUUAUUUCCCUGAGGUCAUGCCCUUAGGCAUUUAAAAACUGCAUGCAGGUCAUAUGGCUCUACUCUCCCCCCCUUUCAUCCCCACUCAGAUCUUGCCGCCUCUGCAAAUACAUCCCACGGUCAGGCAGAGUGACUGGCAGCUAAAUCCAUCUGGCUUUGUUUUCUCCUAAUGACACUUGAGAAGGUUCAAACAGAGGUUCUCUCCUGUCCCUCAGACUCUCCAGUUACAAGAUCAGAGCUUGCCUGGAAGCUGCCUCUGCCCAAAGACAACGUUGAAGUGAGGCCUAGUGGCGGUGAUGCAACUUUAGUGUGGCCAUUGCUCCUUGGGAGUCGGCGGUUGCCACAGGAGAUGAGGCCCUUUCUUUUUAUUCUACCUCCCCCUUUUAAUUUUUUAAAAAUACAUUUUUAUUAAUAACUGUUUAAUAGUUCAGAAUAAUCCCCUUUUCAUUUUGUUGACAGGACAAGGAGAGUGUAAAGUGAAAUAAAAAAAAGAAAUCAAAAACAUCAAUCCGAUGGUGCAGUCUUUCCGAAAGUAUCCAAAUUUACGUUCACAAUAUUCAUAGCAGCCAGAAUGCUUACAGGAGACGCUUUUGUAUUUAAUUUCCAAACAAUAAAACAGUGCCAAUGUGCCACAAAAGAGUCUUUAUAUUUUGUUCCUUUAGCCAGGCGUAGAUCAUUUGUUAUUCCCCCCCACACACCAAAGCAAGGUGCCAAAACCAUAAGAGAGCAUGCAUUUCUCAUCUUAAAGAAUAAAUGAAAAUAAAUAAACAAACCUCUUCCUGGUCUCUCUGUCUCUCUCUCUCUCUCUCUCUCUCUCUGAGUUGGCAACGCUGCCCUCUGCUGACCGACCAAUAUAAUACACUUGGGUGAUAAUCUUAAAAUGCAUUCAAAAACAGAAUAGCAGAAACAACAAAAAUCCCUUUAUUUGUGGAACACAGUUGUAAGACAGGCAUUCGAGGUGUGGUCAGAAACACAACUUGAACCAAGAUCGGACAAAAUGAGUGGUGGUGGAAAUAUGAGAAGUGGCAUAAUUGUGCUGGACUGACUUGGGAAGAGACUGAAAGAGGCCGUAUUGUAUUAUUGAGAGCUUGUAUUAGAUCAUUGAAAGUGAAGGAUUUGUGUAUCAUUAGUGGAAAGCACCGGAGUUCUGUAAAGCUCGCUUUUGUUUUACUAGCUAUGAACACCCUUCAUGCAACCUGCCCUUUAUGCUUGUGGACAGGUAUACUUUAUACUUGGAAAGUUCUUAGAAGCCUCGCUGGCUGUUAAGCAGUAUAUAAAUUAAUACUAAUGACAGUGAUAGUGCUGGUCUAGUAAGACAAUCUUGCUUCUGAAUUAAAAUGAAGAAGACCCAUAGCACAGUGGCAGAACACCUGCUUUUGUAUGCAGGAGGGUUCCAGGUUCAAUCCCCAGCUUCUACAGGGCAGGGAAAUGCUUAGAAAGUCAGCCAUUAAAAAAGAAGCCGUUAAAGUACGUGGAACAGGAUUAAAGUGUUCUAGAAGAAAACAGCAAAGUCCAGCUAUCCACUAGUGCCAAGUGCAGGCUCUCAGAAAGGAAUUUGCCACACAUUCAGACAGCCUACGAAUUGAAUGGUGUGUAAAGCGGUGGAACAUCUGAUGCAGAACUCUUCAGCAUAAAAGCAAAACCAUGGCCAGCCGUAGAGGAUAUGCUUCAAUAAUCUGCUAUACUUUUGGAAAGUGGUUUGUCUAUCUGUCCGUUGGUCUGUCCACUGUGGGUUUGGACACCUCUUGAGAUAUUACCACACACAGGUUCCCGAGGUGGCAGUCUUUGUCGAUGCUGGGCACCAUUUUGAAUCAAGAUGGGUGGCCAAAACGUGACUUUGCCUGAUUUUUGGCAUGGCAGGUCCUAACUCUGCUAAUGUGAAGAUACUGUCUUCCCAUUUGGCAGGACUUUGGCUUGACUUCACGCAGUUUGGUAUGCCAGUUACAAACAAGGUUUCUUGAGGUACAGGAGGAGACUUUUGCCAAUGUAUGGCUCCCAUCAGAUGCUCUGAGUCUUGCAUCAUUGUGUAUGUGUGUGUGUAUCUAGCCCCAAAACUCAUAAAUCACAUUAUCAAUUUAAAAAUCACAAUUUUUUUUAGUUUCUUCAAAUGCCUGGGCAGAACCAGACCCUUUCCGCUACCAUGGUGGACACUACCGUUGUCGACAUUUUCCUUCAGCCAUAGUGCUUUUGUCUCUCAUGAACUAGUCCAGCCACUGCACUGGAUAUAUGGAGUCUUGGCUCGUCUACCUGUCAGUCUUGAUUUAGAGAAGCUCUGCUGAUUCUGGGGCUGAAGGAGAGCCGCCUUCUAAUCGCAACUUGUCUUUUGUUGCCUUUUGCCAAUGAUUACUUAAGGACUAUGUUCCUGUGUGCUCAGUGAUGUGAGGAAUGUCAGGUGGGCGAAGUUGACUGAAUCCCUUUAUCUCCUUAAGCUUGGACAUUGCUUCCUCUGGGGCACAGCGUACUUUCUGUGAAAACAUUUUUUUGUGGGGGGAGGGAGAGUGAGAGCGAGAGAGAGAGCUCAACCAUGCACAUUAGUCAUGUGCUUUUUUCGAAUCACGUGUGAAAUCUGCAGUUGCACACAGCCCCAUAAAACUUGGACCUACUGUAGCAUCACCAAUUACUUCUAGAUAAACAAGCUUACGCCCUAGAUAUCUGGGUGGGGCUGUCCUUGAUUAACCCCAUCACAUAUGGCAGUACAGUCAUACCUCGGGUUACAGGUGCUUCAGGUUGCGUUUUUUUGGGUUACGGACCCGCCAAAACCUGGAAGUACCAGAACGGGUUACUUCUGGGUUUCGGCCGUUGCGCAUGCGCAGAAGUGCUGAAUCGUGCUUUGCGCAUGCGCAGAAGCGCCGAAUCGCAACCCACACAUGCACAGACGCAGCGCUGCGGGUUGCUAACGCUGCAGGUUGCGAAGGUGCCUCCCUCAUGGAUCACGUUUGCAACCCGAGCAUCCACUGGAAUGGCCAGCCAGAUACUCUGGGAGCUUUUCUGUAUCCCCAGCAUCUGUUACUCUGAGGUAGAGUGCCUCUAGAUAUGGUGGCUCAGCUUAGCAACCAUGUCUAGCUUCGGGAGAUAGACCUAUAAGAGGAGUGGCAAAGCUUUUUUCAGCCAGAGGGCUGCAUUUCCCUCAAAGGAACCUCCUGGGGGCCACAUGGCCGUGGUGGGUGGGGCCAGAGACAAAAUAGGUGGGGCCAUGGAUGCUGAUUUUACCUUUGUACAGUAGGCUUGUUUCUGCACACACCCACACAGAUCCCUCUAUCCUCCAUUCUGGGCACCACAAUUUAAGGAGGAUACACUGGUACCUCAGGUUACAGACACUUCAGAUUACAGACGCCGCUAACCCAGAAAUAGUACCUCGGGUUAAGAACUUUGCUUCAGGAUGAGAACAGAAAUCAUGCGGCGGUGGCGCAGCGGCCUCAUUAGCUAAAGUGGUACCUCAGGUUAAGAACAGUUUCAGGUUAAGAACGGACCUCCAGAACGAAUUAAGUUCUUAAGCUGAGGUACCACUGUAUUGACAAGCUGGAAGGUGUGCAAACAAGGGCAAGCAAGAUGAUAAAGGAACUGGAAACGAAGCCUUAUGCGGAACAGUUGAGGGAGCUGGGUAUGUUUAGGCUGGAGAAGAGGAGAUUGAGAAGAGAUACGAUAGCCAUAUUCAAAUAUCUUAAGGGCUGUUACAUGGAAGGAGCAAGCUUGUUUUCUCCGGCUCCGGAGGAUGGGACUCAAACCAGUGGCUUCAAGAUACAAGAAAGGAGAUUCCGACUAAACACCAGGAAGAACUUUCUGAUGGUAAGAACUGUUGGACAGUGGAACAGACUCCCUCAAGAGGUGGUGGACUCUCCUUCCUUGGAGGUUUUUAUGCAGAGAUUGCAUGACCAUCUGUCAUGCAUGCUUGAGUUGAGAUUCCUGCAUUGCAGGGGGGUUGGACUAGAUGACCCCUGGGGUCCCUUUCCAACUCUACAGUUCUAUGAUCCAGGCAAGCAAGAAGCAUUAUCAGAGUUCAAUUACAAAGUCUAGCCAGGCAAAAAUACUCAAGGAAGGUGUGAAGUAAGGAUGGAGACAACUGGUGGGGGAGCAGAUAGAGAAGCCCCCAAGCCUGAGGUUCCCUAUUCUUGACCUGUAUCAUCUACUAAUUGGCUUCCCAUUAUUUAAAGCCACCAAACUCUGUACAAGGCCAUCACCAUCACUUCCUGCAGCAGUGAAUCCCACAGUUACACCCGAUGGCAUAGAAAUCCUUCCAUUUUUCUAUCCCUAAUCCCUUGGCAAGGGAUGCGGGUGGUGCUGUGGGUUAAACCACAGAGUCUAGGACUUGCUGAUCAGAAGGUUGGCGGUUCGAAUCCCUGCGACGGGGUGAGCUACUGUUGCUCAGUCCCUGCUCCUGCCAACCUAGCAGUUCGAAAGCACGUCAAAGUGCAAGUAGAUAAAUAGGUACCGCUCCGUCAGGAAGUAAACGGCGUUUCCGUGUGCUUCUCUGGUUCGCCAGAAGUGGCUUAGUCAUGCUGGCCACAUGACCCGGAAGCUGUACGCCGGCUCCCUCGGCCAGUAAAGCGAGAUGAGUGCCGCAGCCCCAGAGUUGUCUGCAACUGGACCUAAUGGUCAGGGGUCCCCUUUACCUUUACCUUUAAUCCCUUGGCAAUCGGUUUCUCUGGGUGACACCCCCCUCCCUUUUCGUAUAGGGAGAGAGAAAUGUUCCUCAGCUAGAAAAGGGUGUGUUCCUUUGACACAAGUUUAAAACUUAGCUCUCUUUGUCCAAAGGUGGCUGAGGUCUGCAUUUAGUUGCAAGAAUUGAGCCUUCCCAGUGAAACACCGGCAGGGAAAUGGGGGUGGGCUGGGGGGGGGAGAUUAGCCUGUAGGCUGUUAUCUGGGGAGUUCAAGAACAAAAGGAACUCUGUUGAGAGAGCUGAGGCCAGUUUGUUCAAACCAGCCCAGUUUGUACUUCCUGAUCGCUUCUUGCCUCCUCCCCAACCCCAGCAGAAAGCCAGGAGGUGUGUGUGUUUCUAAGUAAGCGUAUCCAGAGUUGGACUUUCGCUUUUCAGAGAAGGAACUUUGCCUGCCUUCAGGUAAAAGAUUAUCCCUCGGCUUUAAGAGGAAAGCAGUGCCAAUCUGAGGUGCUAACAUGGUCCAGAUUCCGGUCCUCUCUGGAAUGCUCUAGCUCAGCCCCUCAGGUGGGUUUUGAGGCAGUUGAGCCUGUGUCGGGAGGGGUACUUGCCUGUCCAUCUGUCCGCCCAUAACACUUCGGCAUCAGUAGGGAGCCAUACCUAGUCAGCGUUUUCCCUUUGCCUGCUAAGACGUGGCGUUCUCCAUCUGUGAGUUUGUAUGUGUGUGUGCAUGUUUUAAAAGAAGGUGUACUUUUGUGGUGGUUUUUGCUCUCCCAGUAUCGUUGAGCUCAUCCAGGAAGGAAAAGGGUUUGGAUCUAUUGAGCAACAGAGAAACCGGUUCUGUGGGAGGUCAGCACAAGCAACCGAUGUAAAUCAUUUCUUUGAAUGGUUGCAGAAUUAACGCACUGUGGAUCCUGCGGAGUUUGGGAAAUAGAGGAAGGUGCUUGCAUGAAAUAUUCCGUUCAGCAAUCAACCAAGGUUUUUUAAAAAAAUAAUUUUUAUUUGAUUUUACAGGUGUAGAGUUAUAACAAUGCAAAAUACAUAUCCAUAUUUAGAGAUUGCUCUGAAUCUCUAGAUUUUCCACCUUCCCCUCCAUGAAUCCUAUUACUGUAUAAACCUUUUCAACUGCAUAUUAUUUCAUCAUCCAAAUUUUAUGUGUCUCCAGUUUAUCCAUAGAAUCUUCUGCAUUACAAGUGUUACUGCAAUCCUGCUAGUGUUUUCAUCUGCUUACAGUGGUCUCUCAAGUAAAUUAUAAUUUCCCCCCAUUCUUUAUUGAAGUUUUGGUCAGCAGUCGUUUGCACCUUACAGCUCUACAGUCCUCAGAAGUUUGAGGGGGCAGCGGCCAGGAAGAGGGCAUUCUCUGUGGCCUCCCCUAAGCUGAGGGAUCCCCUCCUCGCAUCUGCCACCUUCAUUAUGUUGUUUUUGUUGUGUACCUCUUACCUACGAUAUCUGAUAUUUCUCUUUACCUAUAUAGGACCCACCGUAUUCUCUUGGCUGUAGUUUUGUUUUCACUGCAUUUAAUACUGUAAUAUUUUUAUGGCUGUACCCCACCUCGGGAACUCAUGGUGAAGGUGUGCAUAUGAAAUCUCCUCCUUCGUUUGAUUACUCUGCAAGCGUUAAGUGCAGACGUUUCCAGUAUCCAUAAGAAAGUUGUUUUUUUAUAUAUGCUUCUUCCACUCUUUCACUUGCUACCACCAAUCCUUUGGCUGUUCUUCCCAGAGACUCUGGGGUCCUUUUCAAUUAGGGGAGGAUGGAGAUCUUAUCAGAGCUAGUGGUAAUGAUGUCUCCUGAAGGCAAUUCCACCUGCUGUUAAGGUUGGGGUGUGUAUGGAAAGAAUAGGCUUAUAAAGGAACAUAGGAAGCUGCCUUAUACUGAGCCCAAACCACUGGUUCAUCUAGCUCAGUAUUGUCAGCACUGGCCGGCCGUGGCUCCAUGAGGUUUCAGGUGGUGGACAGUCCCAGGCCUACCUGGAGAUGGUGGGGAUCAAACCUGGGGCCUUUUUCAUCUAUAACAGCUGCUCUAGCACUGAGCUACAAACGCAUGUUUAAGCAUCUGUAUGUGGCUUGCAGGAUAGCCACCCUUGGUCUACAUACUGACCUGCAGCUGUUUAAGGUUUCAGGCAUGGAUCUCUCUUAGCCCCACCCAGAGAUGCCAGAGAUUGAACCUGCAUGAAGAACAGGUGCUCCAAGACUAAGAUGGGGCUCUACAGUACUUUAGGAUGUGUGAGCAAACAUAACAGGCCAGGGUACCGGACCUGAGCUAUUGCAUUGAAUGGAACCUGUGGUGUAACUGGGGCAGGCAUCCUUGAUAGCUGCUCUUAAGCUUGUCCACAAUGCAAUAAAAAAUACAUUGUGAUUGUGAAUAUAACUUUUUGUAACUACAGUGUGGUGUUGUUUGUUUCCUCGCAACCUAUGGUGAAGAUUCAGGUAGGUAGCCAGCAGUGUUGGUCUGACGCAGUCGAAAUAAAUAAAAAAAUAAGAAAAUGGUCCAGUUGCACCUUAAAGACCAACUAAGUUUGUUCUGAGUGUAAGCUUUCGUGUGCUUGCACACUUCUUCAGAUACCUUUUCUUAUCGACCUCACAAAGAGACUUGCGCAGGUACAGGUAUCUGAAGAAGUGUGCAUGCACACGAAAGCUUACACCCAGAACAAACUUAGGUGGUCUCUAAGGUGCUACUGGACAAUUUUCUUUAAUGUUUUCACCAUACGUUGAAAUAAUAAUUUAAAAAAGACUGGCUGACAGAAUGGGCGAAAAACCUCUGCUAUAAUGUUAGCAGGUUGUUUUUGCAGAGAAUGCAAGAGUUACUACUGUAUUUGAUAUUACCACGAACGCAAAAUGUACAGACUUGGACUGAGCCUUUAUCUUAUUUUUUACUGUUUAUAUGUGCUUUUGUUUUCAAGGCUCGGUUUGCCACUUCUUUCUCUCCCCCCUCCCUUUCAAAUUGAGUAUUUGUUCAAUGUUGCAUGGGCAAUUCACAGAAAAGAUUUAUCUGUAGAAUGUGCUGAGGUCAGGCCUGCUGGUAACACAAAAAACAAACUUCCUUAGCCGAGGAAUCUGCAAAGGUCUUUCAACAGCUGCCCUGGAAACCAGCUGCCCUUCCUGAGGCUGUAAAAUGGGGGCGAGGUGCAGGCGGCAAGGUGGAUUCCACCCCCCAAAGUGACAGUUUAACUUUUUUUUUUUGCUCUUGCUGCUGCAGCAGCAGUUUUUUGAAGGCUUUGCUUUUUGGUAAAUGGAUAUCUAGGUUAGGAAUGUGAGCCUGUCUCCCUGGCAUCUUGGCUGGGGGUUUAAUAUUUAAUUGGAGGGGAGGAAACAGAAAUGACCAGGCAAGGCUAUAUCUGCCGUUGCUCCAAAGCAGUGGCUGAAACUUAGAACUCUCUCUACUUUGCCUAUUGAGGGGUGGAAGCCACUCAGUGGUGCAAUGCACACUAAACACUGGUGUAUACCUGCGACUUUAAACCAGCUUUUGCCAACCUGGUGCCCUCCAGAUAUUUGGACUACAACUCCCACCAACCUCAGCCACUUAGUUCCCCCUUUUCUGCCCCAUGGAGGGGACCAAGAAACAGUCACCCACGCCUUCGUCAAAUGAAUGCUGAGCUACUGCAUUCCUCCCUCUGUGGGGCUGCCUUUGAAUGUGGGGUUGCAAACGGAUGAAUGUAUUGAUUAGAGCAGGCAUCCCCAACCUUCAGCCUUCCAGAUGUUUUGGACUACAAUUCCCAUCAUCCCUGACCACUGGUCCUGUUAGCUAGGGAUCAUAGGAGUUGUAGGCCGAGGGCCGCAGGUUGGGGAUGCCUGGAUUAGAGUAUUGAACUGGAACUGGGGAAACCUACCUCAGCCUUCUGACUUGGGGCUAGUAUCUCGGCCCUCCAGAUGUUUUGAGACUACAAUUCCCAUCAUCCCUGGCCACUGGUCCUGCUAGCUAGGGAUCAUGGGAGUUGUAGGCCAAGAACAUCUGGAGGGCUGAGGUUGAGGAAGCCUGGAAUCUGUCCUAUCCCUCAGGGUGGUCAUGAGGGAAAAACAGAGAGAACCUUUACCGUAAGUUUUGUGAAAGAAAGGUAUGAUAUAAGACUAACAUCUAAAAAAACCAUGAGCAUUGACAAGAGCUGUCGGUUUUGAACUGGCUUUUGGGGCAGACGGGGGCUAUGGUUAAGCAAGCUGGCAGAGGGUUUCAGUUCUUUAAAAAAUUGUUUAAUGUUACUCUGUUAAGGGGACUGUGAUCAGUUUUCACACUUCAGCUCAAGGCUUCAGUAUCAUAUGCUGAAAAUCUAGAAAUACAAUUCUGGAGUGAUCCUCUGUUUACCUGUCUUAUGUGUGCCUUUGGCAUUUAAGCGAGUGUCAUGAAAGCUUGCAAAAUCUUGCUGCUAAGCACAUGGUGUCUCCUUUGCUAACCUUUCUUGAUACAGAACUUUGCAGUGUUUUUGAAAAAGCUCCUCUGAACUUGAUAUGGGUGUGUAUUUAUUUGUUUUCCCCUGGUGUGCAAAUUUAAUAGUCAAGAGUCAAGAUGACCUUCAGGAGUAAUUUGCCUGCUUUUGCAUUCUCUUUGGAGUAGAAGGGAAUAAGCGGUAUUCUCCCAGAGAUUAUUCUGACGUCUGUUCACCAGAAAUAACUGCCUGGAAAAAAAAAAAAGGUGUUGUAACACAAAUGGAUAUGUGUAACCUGGAUUUCUUGGUUGCUUGUUGAAAGGGUCUGUCCUUAAUGGCUCGAAAAACAAUACACUCUGAAGGCUUUUGUUUUUAUUUACUAGAGCGUUGUACCCAACGUUGUUCAGGAAUUCUAAGAAACAAUAAAAGCAAUGCAGUUUUGAAAUGUUCUGUUGGUGAUCUUGAUUAAAAUGGGCAUCUAGUUGUAUCCAAACAUAGAUGAAAACCUGCUCCUUGAUCUCAAGACCCAUUGUGCAAAAAUUUGGAUAAGAUGUCUUAAGAGGUGUCCAGCUACACAGUGAACAAACAGCCUUCCAAAAUAUAUAGUAGAUUUAGUUCAUGUCUGUCCACCUGUGCUUCUGCUGUGGAACUCAAGGCACUGUUACAUUGGGGGUUCCCAGGCUGUGUCUCCCAGGCACUGACCAGAUCAGAUCUACUUAGCCUGAGUAGAUUAGCCGCAUCACAUGUCUUCUGGAUCCUGCCCUGGGACCACUCCUAAUGGCAGGACACAGAUCACAGAUAUUUUAGUUACCUGCUUCAUUUAUCUGGUUUAAGUCUGAAUCCAGUCUUGUGGUUUGUUUUGAUCCAAACAAACCAUGUGUAGUAAGCCAAGAACAAACCUUGGUCGCACCUCGUGGUUUGUUCAUAGUAGAAUGUAGACAAAUGGUAGGGCUGGCUAUAGAUAUGUCUGUUUGCGUUUGUGUUUUAAAUGGGAGAAGAAAUAUUCUGUGACUCUGAAAACCCAAGGCCUUGUACUGUUAAUGAUGUUACAAGCCUGGUUGGCAGUGGUGCUUAGUGACCAAGUUCUGAGAGGAGAGGGAGAUAGGUGAUUGCUUUGAGAAUGUUAGGUGGGGCCUGGAUCAAUGCAUUCUGAUUGGUCUGGAUGGUGGCAUAACCUGAUUGGCUGGAGGUUCUUGUCAGUUGGGAUUUAACUGUCAGUUGGGAGAAAGACAGUUGAGGAAUUGAAGGGAAAGGAAGGCCUGAUUCUCAGCUGGCCUCCACCUGCCUGUAGUCUUAUAUACAACUAGCCCAAGGGGUGGCCCUGCUUGUCACCUUCCUCCUCAGUCCGGGGGUUGCCCUUUUAGAACUCAGCAAGGAGGAAGAGGAUGGGAACAAACCUAGAACUAGUUGGCUCUGCCAGUCCAUGCCUCUGGCUCCCCCUACUGUUGGGCUCCCUGCCUUCCACCCUACCAGUCCCAACAGGUGCCACCCAUCACUUCCAUUAAGCCAAACCAUGGCUUUGCUCCCGGUAGUUGGGGAGGAGCGCAGUGGCCAAAAUUUUCUCCCUGUGCACCAGUGCACUUCCUCUUUCAUGCUAAGCCAUAGUUGGGCUUUGUGUUGUGUGCAGAUGAGGCCAUUGUAAUGGGAGAGUUCAUGAAGAAGUAUGCAACAGAAAGAGUGCAUGUGUACCUUCAGUGAAGGAGGUAUGUUAAUAUGCUCCUCAAAAUGGCCUACUCCAUUCAGUACUCCACCUCUCUCUUUUUGUUCCUGCUCCAGGAACAUAGGAAGGUGCACAAUACUGAGUCAGAUCAUUGGUCUGUCUAGCUCAGUAUUGACAACACUGACUGGCAGCGGUUCUCCAGAGCUUCAGCGGGAGCCUCUUCUGACCCCACAUGGAGACGCCAGGGAUUGAACCUGGAGCCUUCUGCAUUCAAAGCAGUUGUUCUACCUCCAGAAAAUGCUUUCCGCAGAAAGAAAACAUAGUUGUGAUUUGGAGUUGUCAUGAUCGUUCUCUCUCUCUGUCUCUCUGUCUCUCUGUCUCUCUGUCUCUCUGUUCUUAACUUGCUUUUUCUCCUCUUCUCUGCAACAGGCAAAUGAAGUGACAGACAGUGCGUACAUGGGCUCAGAGAGCACCUAUAGCGAGUGUGAGACAUUCACGGACGAAGACACCAGCACCCUGGUGCAUCACGAGAUGCAUGAUGAAGUAGAAACGGAUAGCGCAAUCGAUUCCACUGUGCACUCGGAGUUCACGGACCCCACCGAGGAGCCUGAGAACGGGUAGGUGCUUUAUCUUGGUGUUGGGUAGGACAGCAGGAGCCUCUCCGGGAACUUAAAGCAGAGAUUUGGAAACUUAGUUUCUUAUCAGACCAGCCUUAGGAAGCACAAAACAAAGGGGUAAGUGGCCAUUUCUCCCCUCUGCAAAAUGUAAGGGCUGCAUUCAUGCAUCACAGUAAGCCAUAAAACCACGGUUUACUGUGUGAGAGCCAAUCACACUUGUUUCUCUUCUCUCUCUACCAAUGCUAGGAAGAAACAGCCCUCUAUCCUUGGCUUCGCGGUUGCGUCCGUUGCACUGAUUGUGGUUGGGUUUGCUCCAAACCAGCCGCAGUGCUAAAACCUAUGUUUACUCUUGGCUAAGUGAUCAUGAAAACCUUUUAAAACUUCCAGCCACAGUGAUGUGUGUGAGUUCUGCUUCUGGCAUGGAGAGCCAGGACAAUGUUUUACCAUGGCAUGUGAACUGGGCCAAGGGGAGCCUUGCUGGAUCUGAUCAGCAGCCCAUCAAGCUAAGCAAUCUGUUUCCUGCAGUGGCUAACCAGAAGCCGGCCGUUGUCUCCCGACGUUGCUUCUUAGCAUCUGAUAUUCAGGGCUCACCCGAUUCUGGAUGCAGCAGAGCCAUUGUAACUUGUUGGUAGCCAUUAAUAGCCUUAUCCUCCCUGGAUGUGUCUAAUCCCCUUUCUAAAGCUAUCUAAGCCACUUGCCAUCAUCACACCUUCAUGGCAACCAGUUCCCAUGCAUUUAUAUCUUCUGCGUGAAGAAGUACUUCCGUUAUUCUGUCUGUUUUUGCCAUUGGUCGUGGACCCACAGGUGGCUGCAGGCUGAUAGGCUUCUCAUCCCUGGUUUACGGAAUUUGCAUUUAUUUCAUUAAACAUUUGUAUCAGGUGUCUUUUCUAGAUCAGCUCUGGCCAAGGUGGCAAACGGAAAACGAACUAUAAAAAUACAGUAAUCUAAUAAUAGCACUUUAAAAUUUUUUUUAAAAAGGCACUAUGUUGAGAUACAAUUCAGGCAGUAUAAAAACAGUUUUGAGAGCCACAACAGAGAAAUAGUGUGAACAAUUAAAACACGUUCUUAAAUGUAGCAACUGAGGAAGUUCUGUCUGGUAGAGGCUGUCCUUGAGCAGGCCUUGCCUCAUGUCCCCACCAGUCUAACUAGGACCUAGGAGAGCAGGGUUCAAAUCUCCACUCAGCCAUGAAGCUCAUUCGGUGACCUUGGGCCAGUCACCAUCUUUGAGACUAACCGACCUUACAGAGUUGCAGAGGAUCCUUGGAAGAUAAAGGUGGUAUAUAAAUGCAAUAAGUAAGUAAGUAAAUUUUAAGGGCAGGCCAACUGCACAUGGCCUCAGGCAAUGGUCUUAAAGCACAGGCAAAAAUGAGGCCUGUGGGUUUCUGGAAGAAAAUGCCCUUUUUUCCUGGGGAACGAAGACAGUGGUGUUAAGACUAAAGGGCUAGAAAGGUGAAUGGGGGCUCAAACUGGCAACUAGCUGUGUUGCAUAGGAGCCAGCUCCUAGGGGCCAAGGGGUCUUCGGACCCCUCAGUAAAAUAUUUAAGGAAGCAGGGCCCCCCAAAGUUGAUGGGCAUUGGCAUUCAAAUGAUGUGUGUGCACCAUGUCCUGUGAUUGAUUAUGAGGGGCGGGGCUUACCUUCCCCCCAGUAUUUUAUUCAAGUUAGCACCCCUGCUGUGUUGACCUGUAAGGUUUGUCUUGUGCAGAGCAAAGUCGAAGUUUUGGGGAAGUGCAUGCUAAUUUCCACCCCUGAGGUUGGGGAUAUUUUGUGUGUUUUUGAAAAGGCAGUCAUACAGUCAUGCUGGUACCCCCCCCCCUUUUAAACUUGACCUGUUCAGUGAAAGAAAAAAGUGCAUUCAUAUAUCCACCUGCCACCUUCUCUCAAAAGUGUCCAGAGUGUGAUUCAACCUGAUCAUAGCAAUCAUUCGUCCUGAUAAGGCUGGCACAGGGGGGAACCUUCUUGGUGAAGUCAGACCACUGGCCUUCUUGGGCCCGGAAUGUCUACGCUGUCAGGAAUUGUACCGAUGAUUUCCUACAAAGUCUGCGCCCUACCACCAAGCUACAAGCCCUGGCUGGGGUUUUGGCUGGCAGUGAUUCUCCAGGUUCUCUGGCAGGAGCUGACUGAGGCUGUGACUUAACUAUAGCCCUGUCCAACUAGUUGGGCAUAAGCCACCAUAUGUAUCCAUGAGAAGGGAUGACUCCUCAGGUUUUCCAUUUUGGUUAUCAGGGUGUUGUUGUUUUUUAAGUGGACUUAGGACUUAAUUUGUGCCUUUGCACUAGUUUAGGGUUAGGCAAACCUUCUUUUCCCCACCCCCCAAUAAACCCUGUUCACUUUCUACUUGGAGCACCUGAAGGAGGACUUCCUAUAUGUCCACAAGGAGCUGGAGAAGGUUCUGAUUGUGAUCCGGGGCUGAAAGAGUGUUUUUGCUGCUGGAGGCCCUGCAGAUUAAGAGGGGGAACUGGGAUUAGCCUCCUGCCGCUUUCUUUGCUGAAAUGAGCUGGGCUCAGUGGUUGCUAACCCUCAGUCCGUAAUCAGCUUCUGAGCUGCGAGGCCACCAAGGGCCUUUUUUUUUCCUGGAGAGAAUUAGCAAGCAUGCCAGCUUGCGUUCGCCCUGCCCGGCCUCCUGGGAGUAUGGCUCAGUGCAUUGGACUCUCCUGCCUGUAGGUACAAAUGCCUUUCUUUGGAGGUGGGCGGGUGGGAUAUUUGUCUUUUUAAAAGUGGAGUUGCUGUGUUUGACCAGGAUAGUGGCGGUUCUGUGUGUGUAGCUUUCGAGUGGCUUCUUUACAAGCACUGGAGACGCGCGGUCAAGCAGCCAGCAAAUUAACAUCACUGCUGCUUUUUACAAAGCAAGGUGGAAAAUGCCAUUCCUGCAAGUCUUAUAAAGAGUUAUGUGUGGGAUUAAUAGAUGUGCUAGGGUGGAAAAGAAGUUGAAGCUAAAACUUGAGUGCGGGGGGGGGGGGCAGCGUCAUAUGCUCCUGGGUAGGCAUUGUAUUGCCCAGCCAGGAAUGGUAUGUCCUAGGAGGAGGGGUUUUUUUAUCUCUGACACAUACAUACAUACAUACAUAAAUACAUAGAAUGAGCCUGGACACCCUCCAUUUGCUGCAAGAAGUCAGUGGUAUGAGGACUAGAAGGAAAAAGAAUGGGUGGUGAUUUUUCGUUUAUUAUUAUUAUUGCCAUCAUCAAUCAUUACAGGAACAGAUUCCUUUCAAGCCUUUCAUUUCCAUAUUUUGCAUUCCAGUGCUUAACAAAGCAAGUCCAUCUCCCGACCAGAUGGCUCUUCCACAGUCUGCCUUCUCUCCCUUGGAUGGAGCGGCACAGUUUAUCCAUUUCUGCCAGCUCCAGACAUUUUAAUAACCAUUCCUAUUCAGCUGAAAUUGGUUGACAUUUCCACUUUCCAGCCCACACUUAUUUUUGCUGCCAUCCACAUGAUCCUAACUGAUCUAUGGGAAUGUUGCUCUCAGUCAAAAUGGCAGGAAUGAUUAUUAUGAUGGCUUCUCACGAGAGCCCAGGGCAAUUGUCAGUGCAGCAGCAUACAAUAAUAAUAGACAAUUUUUUAUAAUAGUGUGUCUUAAUUAUUUAGAGCUGCCUUGGAAUGUCCCCCCCACACUUUUUAGUGUGGACAAACUAAAUUAUUUUUUUAAAACAACAACAACCCAAAACUUGAUGGACACUCUGUGCCAUCUAUUUCUAAUAUGCUAGUGGUCAUUCCUAGAGUAUGACUAUAUACCUGUUGAUAAAAAUGCUCCCCUUUCUAUGUUACAAACUAUAGUUCAUCCAGAUGGGCACUUCCUUAUUUUGUUGACAAGGAUCUGAAAUAUGGCAUUGGAUAUAGUAAAUAUAUAUGGUCCAAAUUUGAACUCUCCUAGAAUUCCCGGAAUAUGAGCUAUUUGACUGAUUAGACAUAUGAACAGAAGCAGAAAUUGGGCCUUUUGCAUAACUGGCCUUGCCUUGAUCUUGACAUGGAUUUCCCUCCCAUAAGAUUGGCUUGACCACUUCUCUCUUGCUCUUCCGCUCCCUCCCUCCCUCCCUCACUGGGGCUUACUAGAUUUUAAUAUCUACUUUCCUCCAAUAUUUCCUUCCUGCACUGGGGUCUUGAUCCCCUCUUCCUUAUUUCUGUUUUGCUGGUGGUCAGAAGAUCUUCUCCUUGUUGAUGUCCAGAGAUUUGACUCCCAUCUUGCCGCCUUCUGCUCAUGCACUUCCCUUGUUUUUAGUGCGUUAGGGCUCUUUAUCAAAAUAGGGACACAUUCCUCUCCCUUUCCAGAAGCUUACUUACCAUGGCCAGUAUUUUUGAGCCAUCAAAAAUGCCUGGCUAAACAGGAAUGUUUCAAAAUUUCUUCUGAAAGUCAGUAGUGAGGGAGGGCACUCCACAGAUGGGGAACCACCGCUGAAAGGGCCCUGUCCACCGCUGAAAGGGCCCUGUCACAGAUGAACACCAGCUGAGCAGCAACUGGAAGUGACACCACCAACAGAGUGGUACCGCUGCUGCCAGAGGAGAGGUCACCAGUUCCUUGUGUAGUGUAUUUAUUUUUACUCUCUUCCUCAAAUAUCAAAAUUAAACCCAAGUUGUGAGCCCAGUUUAGAUGACCGAUUUUGCUUAUUUCUUUUGAAGAUUGCUUCCCAGAAUUUUGUAAUCUUUUCAUAACACUAGCAUGCAAUUACACACCCAGACCCCACAGAUACACACAAACCUUAAAACACAAUGGAGCAAAUCCCAAAAGUAGCAUAAUUGUAUAUUAUCCUUGGGCAGUGCUUGUAGCUUUUUCAUCAUGUGUACUUUGUUUUGGAGUACUUCAAUCUGAAUCUCUGUAUUGCCUUUGCUUUUGGGAAUUUUUCAUCAGCAGCGAGGAACACAGCCUCACUCCUCCUCCUGUUUCCUGGAUGAUAGCACGACUGUUCCGUCUGUUAACACAAAAUGCGCACACACUUUUGCAUCCCUAGAAUUGCUGAUAACUCUGGGUUUCCUGUUUUUGAAUUAAGGAAGGACCAGUGUCACGAAUUCUCAUCCACACAGAGGUGCAGGGGUUUGGUCCUUUUUUUUAAAGCCACUUCUUAACUCUGAUUUAGAAAUUAUAUUUGAAGAGCCUUUCCAAGUCUUUAAAGUUCUUUAGUCCUGAAAGACCUGCAGCUCACCUAAAGAUUCAACCUCAUUUACCUUGCAAAGUGGGUGGCCCUUAGGCCCAUUUUCCAGUCAGGGAAGUGAGGCUGCAAGACCACGUCCCAAGACCUGUCCAGUGACAACUCAGCUAGUUUAAAAUGGCAAACGAGGACUCGCAUCUGUGACUCUGUCUGCUAGUCUGUGCACCCAUGUACGAAUGGCGUGCUUUUUGUUAUGGAAUGCUGGUAUCUGUGAAAUAAGCCUGGCGUCUGUUCCUUUGACAAGUUACACUGCUUAAAAGUGUGUUCCUGGGCCCUUAAUAGGAUUAUGCGGUCCUAAAUGCCGCAACACUUUAAUAUGUGGGUUGGCUGUGCAGCUGAAAAUAUUUUACCGUUGAUUCAGCCGCCUCUUAGAUUGGUUGCCUGCCAUACAGCCACUGCCUUAUUGUAUGCACUUUCUACAAAGGACAUAAGUUUUGCUUGGCCCAGCUAUAUUUGCGUUGUGCUUAGGCAUUCACAGCACAUUCUGCAACGCUGGGUCUGCGCAGAUUUGCAGCCUUGGGUGUAUGCAUGUAAACACUGCCAUGUGUCAUGUGCCUUGGCCUUGUGUGAAUGCACAGCUUGAGUGGUGUACUCCAAGGCAGAGCAGUGAUUGGUUUGGUCGCCAAACUAAAACAAGGAAGAGGGGAGGAUUGCAUCCAGUGUAAGAGUCCUGCUGCAUCAGGCCAAAGGUCCAUUGAAUCUAGCAUUGUUCCCAUAAUAGCCAGCCAGAUGCCAUUCUGCCAUCUACAGAAGACUGCCAUGCAGGCCCCUGGCUCUCCCUGCAUUUCGCACUCUGCUGGCUGAGGCUGAUGGGACUAUGAGUCCAAUGCAGCUGGAAGGCACCAAGUUCAUAAAAUCUCCCUUUUAGCUUGCAGCAAUCACCGCUGCUCCUGUUAACCAAGUCAGCCCAAAAUAUUUAUCUACUAGCAGACCCCGUAAGUGGCAUUGCUCAGGCAUUGCUAAGAAAGCAUAAAAUCAACACCGUUGCUUUGAUCAGUUCAGUCUGCCGCCUUGGUUCAAAAUGAUGUGCAACCGUAUCCAAACACUGACAGAAACCUGUUCUUUGAUCUCGGGGAUCAUCAUGCAAAAUUUGAUUAUGAUAUCUUAAGAGGUGCUGAAAUGCGUAGUGAAUGAAUGAACUAACAACUUUCCAAAAUAUAUAGUAAUGUAAAGGUAAAGGGACCCCUGACAAUUAGGUUCAGUUGUGGCCGACCCUGGGGUUGCGGCGCUCAUCUCGCUUUACUGGCCGAGGGAGCCGGCGUACAGCUUCCGGGUCAUGUGGCCAGCAUGACUAAGCCGCUUCUGGCGAACUGGAGCAGCACACGGAAACGCCGUUUACCUUCCCGUGGGAGUGGUACCUAUUUAUCUACUUGCACUUUGACGUGCUUUCGAACUGCUAGGUUGGCAGGAGCAGGGACCGAGCAACGGGAACUCACUCCGUCGCGGGGAUUCGAACCUUCUGAUUGGCAAGUCCUAGGCUCUGUGGUAAACCACAGCGCCACCCACGUCCCUUGCCAAGGGAUUAGGGAUAGAAAAAUGGAAGGAUUUCUAUGCCAUUGGAUGUAACUGUGGGAUUCACUGCUGCAGGAAGUGAUGGUGAUGGCCAUGUGCAGACUUUGGUGGCUUUAAAUAAUGGGAAGCCAAUUUGUAGAUGAUGCAGGUCAAGAAUAGGGAGCCUCAGGCUUGGAUCCUGAAUGCCAUUGUGGUGAAGCCACAUGAUAAAUGUAAUAAUACAUAAAUGAUUACAUAAUGACUGAUAAAUGUCAUAAAUAAUAAUAUUGCGGUCCUUUGGCAGCAAAAAAAUGCAGGCAGCAGUUUUGAGCAUGACUCCAUCAAUGCCGCUCUCUGCAGGGGUGUGGCCGUCAUUUGUUGGAAGCGGUGGGUGUGGUGAACUCCUUGAUUCCUUCUCUUGAGAUACUGACUUCCCUUUCCACCAACAGAUCUCACCCUCAUGACCUUCCUUUGACCUCGGACAUUAACAAUCACUCCAUCGUCACCGUAAUUAGCGGGGAGGAGCACUUUGAGGACUACGGGGAAGGGAAUGAGGUGGAUCUCUUCUCAGACAGCUUGUGCAACGGAGAAAGUGGCUUCAGCAGUUCAUCCUUCCUCUCUCCCAGGUAAGAUGGCCAGAACCUGUGUCUCAUGUUGCUGCAUUUUGAGCGUUUCUCAACUGGCUGGUGCCUGUCUCUAAGCUUCUUCCGUAGCCUAUCUUUAGCACCACCACCACUGGUUGCGGUGUCGAAAAUAACUGUUGCAGAUAACUCUGGUUAUAUGUCUUUGAGCCAGCCGCUAAACCAACCUUUCCCAAUAUGGUGCCCUCAAUAAAGUUGGACUACAACUCCUAUCAGCCCUAGCCAGCAUGCUACGCAAGUUGAAGCUGAUGGGAGUUGUAGUCCAGCAACAUCUGGAGGGCACAGGUUGGCAAAGGCUGCAGUAAACAUUGGCCGGAGGGAAAUCUAUUAGAGCUGUGCAGUUAGCAGUAUUGGUGAACAGUCAUGAGAUUGCUCCAGCACACGGCUUCCAGUUCUGCUCUGCUUUAAUGGAGGCAGGCCCCAUGACAGCAGGAAAUCGUUGGUGAAGGAAAAACAAGGAUGAUUAAGUGUAAUUAUCCUUGCAAAUCCCACCCCCACCCCCAGGGACAGGGGGAAUGGGCUUUACUCGCAGUUCAUCUCAGUAUCUGGCUCUCGCUCUGGCAAGGAAAGCACUUUGCCUGUCGAAAACCCUCCAACGCUGCCAUUAAGAAGCAGAGGUUCUCCUGUUAGAGUUUAAUUGAACUAAAGUACAGGCGCAUGCUAGAAGAGAUGAGAUCACAAAUUCCAGAGCCAACCCAACUGCAAGGACUUUAAAGUUUGAACUUGAGAUAAGACUUCAUUUGGUGCAAAAUACAGAGGGAGGGGAGCCUACAGUUUCUUUAUUUAAAGUUUUCUUCUCUACAUUUAUGAUUUGGCAACCCUCCUCUGAACAUUAGUUCAAAUUAUAUUUGUACAAGCAAGGAUGGAAGAAAUUGGAUUAUAAAUACGGAAUGUAACAUCAAACGAAACUGUGAGUGUAAAAAAAGCAAAAAGGGAGGAAAGCUCUAUUUUGCAAAAGGUUUAUGAUGGAAACUUAGAGCUGAUUCCCCAUUCUUUAUUGUUUAAAGUGAACUGAAUAACGCUAAGAGGACUUGGAAUUUAAUUUAAUUGGAAGUAUAAUUGCUCAUAUAUCUUCAGUUGGAAGGAAGGAUGAAAGGAGUCUGUGAACUGCCAAGGAACUGAUAAGGUUUUUAUUGAGUCAUCUACAGCUUGACAGAUCACUCUUCUUCCCAGGCUGAGAGGAAAAAUGGUGACAACAGGUUAUUUAUUGAGUGACUUUUGCAGCUGUUGUUAAAGUUACAAAACAGUGAAGCACGGGACAGGGUGAGGGUGAAAUUUCUGGAACAACGAUGGGAUAUCAGCUCCGUCCAAGGCAUGAUGGAUAACAACAACAACUGGGGGAAAGAAAGACAUAACAUCUUACGAGGACAGGAAGAAACACCAUGGACAGAAUAAUUGCCACACACAGGAAGAACAAGAAUAAAGCUUGAGUUCCUCACUUGUAGUUUUAUAAAUCAUUUAAUGUGUCAACACGAAUAGAAGUUAUUAAUACUGCAGCUGUUGUAUAAGGGAUUAUUAUUAUGACCGGAAUGUAAUUGAAAUUAAUAAGAUUUUGGAACGCAGAAAUAAUGCAAAUAAUCAAUCCAUCAAAUCCAGCAUGCAGGGGCCUACUUCAUCUGAAUUAUAUAAUUCGAUAUUUGAACAAUUGGUAUUAAUAAUUGUAUCAUAAGUUGGUAUUGUUAUAAUGGGGCUAUUAUUAGACUGUAAUUGAAGACUAAUAAAAAAAUUUUGCUCCCGCACACACAUCCUGAUCACAGCUCCACAAGCACUUGGGCGUACUUUCAGCAGCGGCACACUAGCAUAUCAAACAUGGGUCAAGUGGCGGAUGGGAAGGUCUGGUUGUUUCAGCACGUUCCCAGCACUGCCUGGUCGCGCUGUCUCCACAUUCUCAGCACUCCCCACCCAGCUGGGGUUAGCUUGGCUAUUGGGUACUUCCACCAAACAGGUUUUUGCUGGUAUCGAGUUGGCUUGUUUACCAGCCUGAUACUCUGAAGCCGUCAGGGCACACCUUGCCACAGUUUUCUCCCCUCUGUGUGCUGAAUGUGCAGGGGAAUAGCUGUGAGCCAACAACACACAGGCAGCAGGAAGAAAGUGACUGUGCUACAUAGCAAGCUGCACCAUCCCAAGUUAGAUUGUUGGUCCAUCUGGCUCAAUCUUGUCUGUACUUACUGGCUCUGCAAGAUUUCGGAGAGAACUCUUGCCCCGUUCUACCUGGAGUUUUAAGCUGACAGCAUCCACAUGAAAAGCAGAGGUGCUCUCCUUCUGCAAACAUAGGAAGGUGCGUUGCACUGAGUCAGACCAUUGAUCCAUCUUGCUUGGUAUUGUCUACACUGACUCGCUGCAGAUUUCCAGAGUUUCAGAGAAGGGUCCUUCCCAGCCUGACCUUAUGCAUGGAAAGCAGAUGCUCUACCACUGAGCUGUGACAAAAAGCCCUGUGCACCACAAAUCCUGCAUCUCUCACCUCUACAGAUCCAUAUAAAUGUGUCCUAAGCAGCAGGGAGAAAAUGAUUUGUGUGAGAGAGCGAUACUUUCUUCGGCUGCACGAAAUAGCUAUGGAAGAUGAUGGGUGUCACAUACCUUCUCUGAUGCCUUCUGAGCAUAAUAAAGCACCUUUCUCCUGCCUUUCCCAUGCAGUCCAUAGAGAUGCCUUCAUUUUAGGGCAUUUCUCCCAUAUCUGUCCAGAUGUUUCUCUACCUGGAUUACAUGUGCCUGCGGCACACAGGUCAUCAUGGCCUGUGCCCUUGGCAUGCAAUGGGUCCAGGUUGCCAGGUGUGCUAGCAAAUCACCCAGCAGCUUAGUGCAAACACAUCUUCCCUCCAUGCAAGGAAAUGAGUGCUUUGAUGGGAUCUAAGUAAGGCCAUGUGCAGAUUGACCAUACCUUGGUGCCAAAUGAACCUGCUGGGAAACGAGGCAAGCAGGAGGAGCCAGUUUGUCAUAGGAACAGAGGAAGCUGCCUUAUCAGACCACCGGCUGGCAGCAGCUCUCCUGGAUUUCAAGCAAGCGUCUCUCCUAGUCUCUAGCUUGCAGAUGCAACCUGGGGCUGUCUUGCCAAACGGGAUGCCCCUGAAAGAUGCUGAGCUGGACUCUGGCUACCGGCUGCUACCGGCUUGUGUGGUUGUUGACAGGAUGCUUGGCGCUGGCUAGUCCUGCUGAGUGAGCAGGAGAAAAUAGGGAGAGUUGCACAAAUGGGUUGAAGGGCUUCCUGUUGUCAGUGGUCCAGCAGGAGCUGGGAUUUCCUAUGGGGAUGUGAACAGGAAGAUGCAUCUUACUCCUCUCCUAGCUCAGAAGCUGCCAUCUUGUCCCAGCAAGCAAGUCUACUGCAUACAAAUAUGUCCUCUACUCUCUGCACUCCUGAGGUUGUUAUACUUAAGGAUGGAUGGAUCUGUCAGUUGACUUCUCUCUGCUUCUCAUUUUUUCCAACCUUGAAUUCAGUUCUCUUCAUUUCUGCAGCAAUUUGUGUUUUGUUUUUUUAAAAAAACCUUCAUUUAAAUCCCAAGCGGAAAUACAAAAAAAAACAGGAAAAACAGGAGGGGGGGGCUCAGCGACCACAGAAUGCUUGUUUAUUGUAGGAUGGGGGAGAGAGGGAAUGGAGAGGUGGACUCCGGAACAGCCACCCUCCAUGUUGCAACACAAUGGCGGUGUAGCUUGAGAAUGACUUGAACAUCUUUCUAUGCUGAACAGAGUGCUUCUUCUAUUUGCGGUUUGGUUUUGCUCUCUUCUCCCAGUCUUCCCCACAGUGCUGCCCUUACUUAAGCAAAAGCAACAGCUUUUGGUGGUGUAGUGGUUAAGAGCAGUAGACUCGUAAUCUGGUGAACUGGGUUCGCGUCUCUGCUCCUCCACUGCAGCUGCUGGGUGACCUUGGGCUAGUCACACUUCUCUGAAGUCUCUCAGCCCCACUCACCUCACAGAGUGUUUGUUGUGGGGGAGGAAGGGAAAGGAGAAUGUUGGCCGCUUUGAGACUCCUUCGGGUAGUGAUAAAGCGGGAUAUCAAAUCCAAACUCUUCUUCUGUAGUAUUUACACAGAGAGGAACAUUUUGCUUUGCAACUUGUGAAGAGGUGGUUCUCAAGUCCAGAUUUCCAAAGCAGGGUGUUUCUGCAAUUAACAAGUUGCAAGCUUUUCCUACUCUCAAAGGAGGGAGCAUUGUAUUCCAAAUCAUGUGGAGCGAAAUGGAAAGUGUUGUAUCAGUUAGCACCAGAGCUUGUUCUUCUCUAGGUUUGAUUCUUCAUUGUGCUUUUUUCCUCCGCCUUGCAAGCUUCAGCUCCUGCUAGGCCGCAGUGUUCAAAAAUUAUUAUUUUUUUUAAAAAGUGAAUGACUUCUUUGGGGGUAGGAAGGGGAUCAAUUGUGGGAGUUUGUUGCACAUUUUAGAACAACUUCAUCUGAAAUCAGUAGCUUGGUAUAAGAAUGCUGUUAUGCAUACAGUGCCAAAGCUUUUUGACUGCACACCAAGAAGUGUGAAGCUCCUGCAGUUUGCAAUGGCUUCAGUUCUGGCACCAUAGGUCAGCAUGUUCGGACAUCUGCCACAGACCCACAUAUUCCUGCAGGGGUCCCUCUGACAAGAGCCCCCUGGACCAGCUGCAGUAAAGGAUGCGCAUUCACUGAGGGGGCACAAAGAGGGGGUCUUUCCCAGGGCCCUCCAAACCCCGGGACUGAUGCUGCUUGGCUUGUUGCUUCUUUCCAUCCGAAUAGAUGCUUGCAGCCUCCUCUUGAGAUGUAAGUUGCUCAGCAAAACAGUAGGAACUGAGCCAAGUCGUUUACUGUCUUUCCAGCUGUUUGUAAAUUUAACCUUGUUUCUACCAGCUCACACCUCUGUGUGUCUAUGUUUGUGUUUGCGUGUGUGUAUAUGAAUUAAACCUCUCCUUUGUGGUUUUCACUAUUAACCUUAUCUCUGAUUUAAACCUUGUGGCUUCCAGAAGUUUAUUUCAAUGGAGGGGAGGUAUAACCACCUGCCUCUCUCAAACAUAUUUUAAAUCCUUACUGCAAUUUUUUCUUUUUUAGCUGUCACAGUACCAAUAAUGGCUGCCACAGAUCACUACACGUGUAAAUGUUGGCACAGAUCACGUGCAACUACGUUGGCUUGGGGAGAGUUCCAAGGGUCACACAGAAUAGCCUGGAGAGCUAUAUUUGGCUUCUGGGUUUGACGUUCCCAUCCAGUAUCCUAUAUAGUGUGGAUGGGAUCUGGCUCUCCUGAUAAUGACCUUUGCAAAGGCUUCUAGCAAGACAGAUGAGCAUCAGUUGGGACACUCUAUUGCAGGUAUUCCCAAACUGCAGUUCAUAGACCACCAGUGGUCUGCAAGCUUCAUUUAGGUGGUUCACGGCGUGUUGUCUAUGGAUUUGUGGUUGAAGAUGAGAGAAGGCACAUACACCACAUUAAAUAUUAAUAUUGAUUUAGAAUGGUAUUUUUCUUGAUGCUUUUUUAAUUGGAAAAAAAAUACCAACUGAGCACACGCACACCCUUUUCCCCAAAAGCUCAGUUCAGAUGUAAAGUUCAUGCACAAGCACUGAAGUGGGGAGAGACUGACAGUUGUUAAAAUCCAUAAGAAGGAAAAUGUGGAUCCAACCAUAUGUUAGGGGAUGCUGCAGUUUGUCCUGUAGGGUCUUUCUUUGUGUGCUGGAUGAGUGGCCACCAGUUCAUGGAAUUCAAAUUAUAAUACAAUGAAAUUCAAAUUAAAAGAAAUAAAAGAAGCAGUAAUAAUACAAUUAAAAAUCAUGCACAGUGCAUUACAGUUUCUGCAACAGGCAGAAAACUCAUGAAGUGGUCUUCUAAGACGCUCAGCAAAUCUUCAAGUGAUUCGUGGGGUGAAGUGGCAGUUUGUUGGAAAGAGGCAGCAAAUCAUUGUCUCCUUGAAAUGGCAUUAACUAGCCCACGCCUUUCUUUUACAAAACACCACCUGCCUCCAAAAUUGGCUACUCGAGAGCAUCCGUCGUCUUCUCCUUCAACUUCUGGAAGCCACAGGUGGAAUCGAGGGGCUCUGCCUGAAUGUUCUUCUUUUUUACAAGAAUGACACACUUGUGAUUUUUCUAGCACCAACCCACUUGCGGCGAAACUGCACAGCAUUAUCACUGAUGAGGCGUUUGAGUUUUACUGUACCCAGUGCCACAAACAAAUCAACCGCCUCGAGGACCUGUCUGCUCGCCUAAAUGAUCUUGAAAUGAAUAGGUAACUCGUUUGGGGCAUGAGACACUCUUCUUUUUAAAGUUGCAUGAUUUAUCUGUUCAUGGGAAAGUAGGACUUGCAUGGUUUGCUAAGCAUGGGUGCUCGCUUUUUUCCUUCCUUCUUUCUUGUUUAACAAAUCACGUCUGCAGUACGUACAGAGGAAGGGCCCUGAACUGCUGUUGUCUAUUGUUGAAGGCUGAACUGUGAAUCAGGAAUCUAGUUCGAAUCCAGUUCGAAUCUAGCCUCUGCCAAUCUGCCUACCAGGCAGCUUUAAGUGAUAUUUGGGCCCCUGUUAUUGAAACCAUUUGAUAUUUGGGGAGCUUACGCUGCAGGGUGGGCCUAUUUCCUUUGAGGUUUGCCAAAUUGGUUGGUUGGUUUAUUUCACAAGAUUUAUUUUAUAUACCACUCGAAUGUAAUACAAUAAAACCCCAGAGCUUAUUUACAAAAAUAACAAAUUUAAAACGGCUAAGUGUGAUGAUGGAGCAGUGUAUUAUUCAGUUGUGGUUUCCCCCACCCUCACCCCCCAUCCUCUUAGUAAUAUCAAGUCCAUUUUCUUGCAUAAGAUAGGAACAUAGGGUUGUGGCCCUCCAAGUCAUACUCAAGAAUGGACCCACUGCAAUAGAUCCAAGUUAGUUUUGUCCAUUAAUUUCAGUGGAUCGACUCUUAAGUAGAGCUUGGCAUUGGAGACAAGCCAUAGGAAGUUGCCUUACACUGAGUCAGGCUGUUGACCCCUUUAUGUCAGUUCUGGUCUGGGUCUGUCCAGGAUUUCAGGCAGGGGCCCCUCCCAGCCCGAUCAGGAGACACCAGAGAAUUGAACCCAGGACCUUCUGCAUGCAAGCAGCUUCCCUGUCACUGAGCCACAGCCCUUCCCCAUCACCCUCUUCACUGCCUGUGUGUAUAUCUUCAGGGAGGAAGGCUGUUUCUCAAUAGCAGUCUUGAUCACUGGCUGCUGAUAAUGCACAUCAGUGUCUGUGCAACUUGCACUCAGUUGACUGCCCUUAAAAAAAAGGUUGGGAGAUGGAGGUGUUUGUUAGCGCUGCACGUGAAAACACUCUAUCUCUAGCCCUUCAAAACCAGGAAGAACACUGCCAGUGAGAAUCCUCCUUUUUGCAUUUUCUCUGCUCUGCAAUUAAUCUCCUUUGCAUGAACUAAUCUGUGUGUCUGAAGCAAAUGGCGUUUCUGGAUUCCUCCUUGGUGCCUUUGUGAUCUACGCUGGCCUAAGGAGAACGGGGCGUGGGGAAUGGCAGCAGCUAGCGAAAGAGGUGGGGGGCUUCAAGCAAGACGAGGCAAUGGUGGUAUUAGAAAGCAGGUUGAGAAUUGUAGAUGAAUAUGUUGGGCAGGCUUGGUAAAUGGAGACCGUAGCGAUCGCUGCAAGCCAUGAGGCAGCUGUCACCAAUCUAGCCCCCUCCACCUGCUUUGGAUAGCAUCUCUCAUCAGCCUCAGUCAGCACAGAUGUUGGCAAAUGUUGGGAUAAGCCAUGGCAGAAGGCAUGGAGUUGGGUAUGGCAGAUGGGAGGAGGAGAUGAGGCAAAUAAGAGAGGAACAUGAGAGGCCUUGCUGCAGUGCAAUCUUAUGCAGCUCUACUCAGUAAGUAAGCUUAAUUGAGUAUGUGUGCAGGUUUGUAGUCUUGUCAAUUGAUCUACUGCAUUUACUUGAAUCUAAUGUGCCAUUGAAUCUAAUGCGCACCCUAAUGUUCAUGAUGUAAUUUGGCCAAGAAAGGUGCGCUUUACAUUUGAGUUAAUGUGGUAUUUAGCUCAGUAUUGUCCGCACAAUGACUGGCAGUAGUUUUUCAGGCAGGGCUCUUCCCCAGUCCUUAUUUGGAGAUGCUGGGGGUUGAACCUGUGACCUUCUGCAUGCAAAGCAGGUGUCCUGCCACUCAGAUACCAGCCCCUUCCAGCCUGAAGGAAAUGAUUGCAUUAGAUCGGUGUGGUGAGAUCAAAGGCUUAUGACAGUAUUGCAAACAUUGUGAAUGGAGAUGUCAUGUAUUCUGAGAACCCCCUUUUCAUACUGCUUCAUGGAUUUCCAGCAAUUAUAUUAUGCUGAAUGUCCAACAUCCCUAACUCCUUCUGGUGGAUGUUCACAAGGGGAAGUCACAAAAGGCAUGGUUUGGGGAAGAGAUGGUGUGACAGUGGAGGCUGCUAUAUCAGGGCAAGUGGAGCACUGGCCCUCUAACCUCAGCCCAGCCUCAGCCAGCCCCCACCUGCCCACUCCGACACAUUGCCAGUCUAAGAAAUGGCACAGCCAAUCAGCUUCCUUCUCCUUAGGCUCCGGGUUGCCCCUUGUAGCACUCAGCAGGGAGGAGGAGGGCGACAAAAGUUGGCUUUGACUCUAGUUCUGGCUGUGCCUGUCAUUGGCUCUGGCUCCACCUACUGUUGGUCCCUCCCCCUGUCUUCCGCCUUACCAGUUCAAGUGGGCAGCAGCCACCUCUGAACAUGGCAAGGACGUCUUGGUGCCAUGUGCCACUGCCAACAGGGACCUGCGGCCACUGCUGGCUGCGUGUGCCUGUAUGACAUGCCUACUGCUAAAGUAUGUUCAAAUCCAUGUUGCCGUUUUUACACGCAGAUGCCUCCCCUUUCUCUCCACUGGAACUUAGGUUGUAAAUGCCAAGAAGAGGCUGACCUUUGUUUGCAUGUUUCUCUGUACAGCACUGCAUGCAUUAAGGGUGCUAUAUAUAGAAUCUCAGCAUUGAAAAGGACCUCCAAUACCUUUUAGUGACUCUCUGUUGAUGCAAGAAGCCCACUCCUACAGCUUCUCUGAUAGGCGGCUACCCAGCUUAAAAACCUAUCGCAACGGUCAAUCCAUUCCUCUCUGUGUGUUUGCAUAUAUUAUGUUCUGCUCUUAAGGACCAGCCCUACCAUUAGGCAAAGUGAAGCAGUUGCCUCAGGUGGUGGAUGCUGGCAGGUGGGUGGCGGCAGCAGCAGCAGCACCUUCAGCCAUUCCUGCUGAGCCUCCUGGGCAUUCUCCUCUGGUGGAGGUCAGAGCUAUGUGUGCUAGAGACUUGUUAUGCACCCCCUAAACUAGCCUGCUGCCUUCAUGUGUGGUGGAGGACACAAUCCCUUUCCCAGUGUUGAAGCAAGAUUAAAGUCCCAGUCCAGGCCACACUUGCGCCAAACAUUUAAAGCACUAUGCUGCCAUGUUAACAGCCAUGGCUUAUCCCAAAGCAUUCUGGGAACUGUCAUUUGUUAUGGGUUCUGAGAGUUGUUAGGAGACCCUUUCUUCCUCUCACAGAGCUACAGUUCCCCAAGUGCUUUAACAAUCAAUUCACCUUUCCCAAUGAACUCUGAGAAAAGUGCUGGCUGUUAAUGUGGCACCAUAGUGCUUUAAAUGCAUGGUGCAGAUGUGACCCCGGUCAGAUUCUGCUCUUGGAAUUGUGGGAGAUGGGGGACAGAUGCCCUCUUGUCCUUUGCCUCAGUGGAUAAAAAUAUUUUGGGCAAGCUGUUGCUCCUAAGUGUUAUAUAUCUUAGCAGUUAAAACUUAGUCCCUGAAACAGAUACACACACCUCUAGAGGUCAGAAAAGGUGAUGCCACGAUUUGGGCUAGAAACCUUUUUCCUAGGGGUGACCUUUAAGAGUUCUCUCAGCCCCACUACUUACUAGGUUUGGGUUCUCCUCUCUCUGCUUCUUGUCAUGUUUCCAGUCAUCCUUCCGGCCCCUUCUCCUCUUUCUCUGACAGAAGCUCCUGCUUAGAAAGAUGGCCAAGGCACGUCCAGCCUUGUUUCGUAGUGGGGCUUUUUCAGGUGUGUGCAUUUGGCUUCACCUCUGUGUGCCACAGACCUUUUCUGUGGUGCGCCUGUUUGAGGUACGUUGCUUGGCACUCCCUGCACCUUGCUAUCGGGGGUUCAGAUGCCCGCUUGGCUGACAGGUGGGUUUAAAUCCAGCAGAAGCCGAAAGUCCCACCACACUCAAGUUCUAUUCUUAGCCUCGGGAUCUGUUUUCAGGACUGGCCAGCGAACGGACGCGGGGGGAAGAGGAGCGGUGGACGCUCCUGCAGGCACCGCAGAGGGCCCGUUUUGUUCCGUUCCGAUGUUGCAGCGCUGCUAAAAACGUGUGCAGAAAAGAUGUUGCCUCUGGCUGGGUUUAGAUUUGGGGCGGGAUGGGGUGGGACAUGGGGUGCAUGGCCUGGGUGUGCUGUGUUGUGCAUUUGUGCCGUGAAUUGUAAAGGAUAUGCCCCUGCCGCUCUGUCUUCGCUUGCUUCCUGUUUCGCUUGUUGCUCUUGGGUGUCAGUUUUCCUGACUUAGUUUUCCUGUUGUUCAUUCCACAGUCCAAAUAAGAGGCUCUCAAGCAAGAAGGUAGCCAGGUACGCUCUGAUGUUCCUUUUACUCUCCCUGCGCUUGCUCUCAAAGCCCACUCGACAGCUUCCUUGCAUGGGCCCCCCCCAUGUGGUGGGGGUCACUCUUUCUCCUUCCACCUUCUCUUUUCAGUGACUGCAUGAGGGCAGUUUCUUUCCUUGUUUUUUAAAAAAGUACAUCUCCUGAGCAGUUACAUCUUUCGGCGUUGCAUGCUAGAAGUGCAUGUGGGUGGUCUUUGUUUGGUAUGUUUUCUUCUUGUCCCAGAGGGAAUUGAUGAAGGUACUCCUGGAGGCUCUAUUUAUAUUUUGCUUGGAUUUGAGGACUCUUGCAGUUUGGGAGGGUUGUCAUUUUUUUACUCGUCUGCGGGGGGCUGGUGGAGAAGGGGGACACAGCGAACCCGCAUUUCCACACUGGGUACAGAGGAGGGGGCUUCUCCCUGUAGCCUGUUUGGUUUCUCUGCUGGGUGCUCAGGAGGGCCGGAUUGCUUGACCUGUCCUCCAUCUGCCCUACUCACCAACUGACAUGCUGCUCCUUGUUACCAGUCUAGCACUUAAAUUUGGAAGGCUACCUUGUCUCAGGGGUAAAAGCUGUAAGGCUUCUGCCCAGCGUACCUUGGGAGACUGCUUUCUCCACGUGGGGCUCUCCUGUUAAAGCAUCUCAGACAUCCACCAGCACACACUUUAUUUUAAUGAUUAUUCUCUACACAUAGGUUGCAAAAAGAACAAAGUGUGAGAAAGGGCAUUCUUGGGGCUUCUUCCUGCUCUGGCUCGCUCUCUUUCCCCAACCCGCCAUUAUGGAAUAGCAUCCUGCUGCUGAUUUGCCAAAAUUCAACCAGAGCAUGUGGAUACCCAUCUGUUGGUCCGCCCUUCGGGACUCACGAUUAAACUAUGAAAGUUGCACAAGGGGUGGGUGUUCUUCACUGGAUUAGGUGUUGCUUUUGCUGCCGUUUUGGGUCUGGGAAAAGGGGUUAGCUUUAAUCAGAGUAACCCACUUGAAAUUAACAGACAUGGUGAACUUAGUUCCUUUCUUUUCAAUAGGUCUACUCUGACUAAAACUUAGGUGGAUACAUUUAAGCAGCUAAAACACCAGCAACUGCCUCCCCCAAAGUAGGUGAUACACACACACACAGUCCUCCAUCUAUUUUUAAAUUCUAUUCUAUUUAUUACAUUUAUACCCAACCUGAGCCUCUGAAGUGAAGAGAUAGAGGAGCAUUUAAAAACUACAUGGGAGGGACUCCUCACACACCCCAGCCCUGGGUAACGUCCAUGAGAGGUGCCUAUAAGACUGGAGCUUUUACAUCACUUUCCUCGUUUAUUGGGGGGCAGGAUGCAGCUCACCAACCCUCUCAUGCUAGCUGGCCAGUGGAACCAGUUUCUUUCCGACAUGAGCACUGGUUGGGACAAUAUUGAUUGCCCAGUCACCGCUGUGUCCUCCUCCUGCCCCCACAGCCAGAGGUAACUAACAUGGCAUCCUCCAAAUAAAUACUGCUGGGCCCCAACUGCCAUCAGCCCCACCUAACAUGGACUAGUGGUUAGGGAUGAUGGGAGCUGUAGUCUAGCAACCUCUGGGUUAGGUUGGCUAUCCCUGCCAAUUGGCCUGGCUCAGAUUUAAUGAGCCAUCAGGAAGGAGGCUGUGCUUGCCCUCUUGCAGGGCUUUUGGGGUGGCAUUUCUUUACCAAAGCUGAUGGUAUUCCUGGCUCUGCCUUGUUUGCAAGAGACAGGUUUUGCUGCUGUGGAGGGAGAUCUGGAAUGAGGUCCAUAGCUUCCAAGCUGCCUGUAUAUAUUUCAUGCUUUCCUUUGGUUGAUCAGCAGUGUAACUUUUAUUAACCACCUGUAACCUAUCAUUAACCACCUCUUAUUAACCACCCUUCAAACACUACAAUGCGUUCACAGUCUCUCGGUGCAUGAAUUUCUGUAUUAAGGCUUUGCAUGGCGGGUGGGGAAGGCAGGGGACGCCCAAAGCCUGCCUCCCCCUUGUCCUUUGGGUGGAAUAUUGAACACUCUUUAAGUGAUAAAGUGCAUUACUAGUUAACAGCUGAUAAAUGUCUGACCUGGGUGUCGUGUCAUAAAAUGAUGGCCUUUGGACCACAACAGAGGCACACAGGGAGAAGUGUUAAAAUGGAAGCAGCUUCCAAAUGUGUGGGGGCGUAGAAUCGUAGCAUUGUAGAGUCGGAAGGGACCAUGAGUGUCAUCUAGUCCAACCCCCUGCAAUGCAGGAGCCUCAACAUGAUGGGAGGGCUUGUUUUAUGAAUUUGCUCUCUGCCUCCCAGCCUGCCUCUUAGGGAACACAGAAAGCUGCCUUAUGCUUUCCACCUAGCUGAGUAUGGUCUACACUGACUGCCAGUGGCUCCCCAGGGUUUUAGGCAGAGAAAUUUCCUGCCCCUACCUGAAAAUGUGGGGAUUCAACCUAGGAACUUCUGAAUGCAAGGCAGGUGCUGUGCUCCUGAGCUACAGCUCUUCCCACGAAGUAGAUUAGACUGAAAUACAGCCGCUUGCCGAAGGCUGUCUAAUAGGCUUUAGAGUGGGUGAGGAUUUGAAUGUAGGAUUCCCAGAUGCAAACGGGCCACUCCAGCAAUUUAUCCUGGGACGUCCAGCCUGCGAAGUAUAUAUUCUGCAGCGUUGAGCCACGGUCCUUCCUCUUUCAUGUUCUUUAUUGCUCUUGAGAACGUGUUUUAUCUCACUGCCAUGAAGAUCAGAAAGAAAUUAAGUGGGAGAAAGUCAGAUCUUAAUCAUCCCAUAUUCCAAAGAGCAAAGGGGAAAAGGUGUGUAAGUGUGGGUACCUGGUAAUACGCUAUUGUUCUUUCUGCCACCCCACAAAGGCGCCAGACAACCUUGUUCAGCUUAGAGGACUAUCGAGGGAUGCUGUGGGUGGGCAGGCAGUAGCCCGUGAAACAGAAGUGUUUGGGGUUUUUUAAUUGAGAAAUCCAACUCUGGUAGUCAGACAGGGCUUCUGAACUGCACUUGAUGAUGGAAUCCCCUGCAGGAAGGGAAAGGAGCAAGGUGGAAAUGUUAACCCAUGCACAACUGUGCUAGUUCGGUGUUUUCUGUGAUGAUGGUCCUUCUAAUUGUCUUCUUGCUUUGGAUCGGCCUGGUCUGUCUUCGUUACAGGCACCUUCACCAGACAGGAACCCUCCCUCUGGAUGUCAUGGAGGAACCCUUCCGGAACAACACCGAAUGCCUGGAAGAGGACAUCACUGAUAAGGUGGGUGUGUUUUACAGCUGGAAAGCAUUACUGUUAGAGUGUGUGGAAGCAAAUGCUUUCUUCUCUGUCUGUCUGUCUGUCUGUCUGUCUGUUAAAGAUCUGGAUAUGUGUCUCCUGAUCAGGAGGAGACUAACACAGACCAGUGACUCAUACAGAGAGGCAGCAGACACCCUCCUCCCAUAAGGGUGUCAUGCUGCUCCAGUACUGCUCCAGACAAUUUCGGGCUCCCACCAGCCCCAGCCUGCAUGGCCACUGGGAUGCUUUACUUUUUAUGUGUUUAGAAAAAAUUCUAACCCAUCCUUUAUUAAAGGCCACAGGUUCCCUAUUCAUGAUUAUAAGAAGGCCACCCCCCCACUUUCCCAGCUGCUUCUGCUGCUGCUGCUGUGGUGCACUGGCUUAGGAUAUGCGAGCAUCCAGCAUCUUAAGGGUUUUGAAACAGCAGCCCUGAUCAUUGACUCAAAUGGAUUACCAAGAAGGAGCAUUCUAUUUUUAAAUCUCUCCCAAAAGGUGAGGCUUUGGGUAUUACAGACUAAGGAGCCAAGGAUGAUAAUAUGACUUUAAGCAAAGGACCAUGAAGUGCGGAGGAAACAAAGUGUACAAUUGGUUAGAGCUGCUUGCUCUUGAAUUGGACCAAAACCUCUGGCCCCAGACUGGCUUUCAUGCCCUAUGGGUGAAGCAAGAAGGACAGGCCUUUUAAUGCUUGACUCUCACUGCUCCUUCUGCAGGUGAUCUUCCUAGAGAAAAGAGUGACAGAGCUGGAAAAGGACACGGCAGCAAAUGGGGAGCAGCACAGCCGCUUAAAGCAGGAAAACCUACAGCUGGUGCACAGGUAAAAAGUGGGUGGGUAGGAGGUUGGCUUGCAUGACAGGUGUCAGCUUUGAGAGGAGCCUGUCUGUAUGUUCAGAAAUGGCAUGUGACACAGUUGUGUGGAAUGACAGGGCUUGAGACAUGACACAGCCCUAUCAAUCGUUAGUAGAAUUUACUUUAUCAUGCUCUGUUAUUUAGCUGGUGGAGACAAUGAGAAAGAGGAGAACUGGUUCUGGUUUGGGGUGUAUGAAAGCAUCAAGGUCAACUCAGUGUUCCAUUUUCCUCUAUACUCAAUAUAAUUUUUCUCUUUUAUUUAGUUAUUGUGGUUCUCUAUUUUGGUAAGGUCUGUUAGGGUCCAUGGCAGCUAUAUAAGUUGAUCAACUUAUAAAGCGGGGGACCCUUGGUUUAAACAAAGAAAUUAGGCCAAUGCUCAAAUCAUUGGGUGGGGGACAUGAUUCAGCUAAUAUUGUGAGGAUAGGGUGUGCAGUUUUUGGAUUUCAUUAUGGGCCUCAUGCUUCCCCUCCAUGCCCCAGUAAUUUGGGUGUGGUGUGCAUGUGUGCCAUUUCAAAUAGAAUACUUCCUAUUUAUUUAAAAACAUUUUCUAUGUUUCUAAGCAUUUACAAAGAACUACCUGAAAUAGUAAGCAAAUAAUAUUGAUAGGAGUGAACAUUAAAAACAAAUUUAAUGUCGUAUUUUGUCAAAAUAAAAAUAAAACCAGCAACUUUAAAACAAGUAUACACAAUAAGAAAAUUACAUGUUAGAAUCGGCAUGGUGAAAUGACCCCUAUACCAAAUGUUAUUUUCCUUCAUUUGUGUGCAAAAUGCUUUUUCGCCUGAACAGUUGUGCUCCAGGGGGAGUUGCCCUGUGGAGUGUCAGCCACUGAACUCUACAACCUCUUUAUGUCUUCACAGAGCGAAUGCCCUGGAGGAGCAGCUGAAAGAGCAGGAGCUGAAAUCAGAUGAGGUCCUCAUGGAUGAAAUCCGGAAACAGCGGGAUCUGCUGAGCAAGAUGGAGCGGGAGAAGAGCAUUGAGAUCGAGAACCUCCAAGCCCGGUACGGUUGGCAAAAGCGUGGAGACUCUGCUUAGGCACUUCCAUACUCGGGGUCAUCCAGUUACAUUCACUGGCAGAAGAUUCGGCACGUAAAAAAGGAAGCCCUUAUUCGUACAACAUAUAGUUAACACGUGCUGGUGCUGGUGGGGCUACAUUCCCCUUUGGACAGCCUUCUAGGGGUUCCCAUGCCAGGGGUGGUUGGGACCAGGCUAAAGGUGGGUGGAGCAACCAAUGUAAAUUUUAGGCUUUGUACAGUUAUUUGCACUCUCACACACGUCUCUAUUCUCCAUCCAGGCAAGCGAGAAGAAAGAUCAGGGUUCAAGGGCACACGAGGCCAGCCAAGGCCAGUGAGGGGUGUGGCCUGGGGAGAGUCACAAGGGCCAGGCAGAGAGGCCUCCUGCUUGCAGGGAUGGCAGUAUAUUUCCAAGCUUAUGCUUGUUUCUGUGAACUGCAGGAUACAGCAGCUGGAUGAUGAGAAUGGCGAACUUCGGUCCUGCGUCCCUUGCCUAAGAGCCAAUAUUGAGAGGCUAGAGGAGGUGAGGUGCCUUUGCCGGGCAGAGAUUUUUGUAAUAUGCCUCUGUGUGCCUUAAAAAUAAAAGGGGUGGUGUGCUUUCCUCUGGACCAGAAUUUCUCAGCGGUAAAGAAAAAUGCAUAUGGCUCUAUGUUUCAGUGACACAGCAUUAAUUAUCCCACCGUCACGCAGCAUCCUUGCCUUCAGAGCAAGCUGUGCUCAGUUUGCUCUUGCCAGAGAUGCUGCACACCUGCUUUAGGCCAUGCACUUAUGCAAAUCUCUGAUUAUUUGUCUCCCCCUGAGGUCAAAUACUAGCCUUUCUCUGAAUAUGAGCCUAGGCUGCCUUGUAACUUCAAACCUGUCACUUUUAGACUCCAAUCCCUGUGUUCACCUACCUUGUAGUAAACCCCACUGAAUAUAGCAGGGAUUUCUUUGGAGUAAAUAUGCAUAGAAAUGUAUGAUGUAUCUCCUGUGAUUUGCUAUAGUGGUUAUCCUAAGAUGAUACUGCAUCAACUUUCUCUUAUAUGAUCAAGUGGAAGGCUAGUUUGGAGGGGUUGUGAUUAGAUUUUGGCUUAAUUUUUGCGGGGGCAAGGGGUAGGUCACCUGUAAUCCAAGAUAAAAAACAUAGUGCAAGUGAGUGAGACUUUUAUUUUGGGAUGCAGGCUACAAGUGUUCAGCUCCUUCAGAUAAGAGGAAAGGAAAUUAAAGGGAUUUUUGUAGCAGGUAAUUGUAUCCAAGUACAGGGUGAGUCUUUUAAAAGAGGCCCUGUGGAACAUGUGUACUCUGUAUCCACGGGUCCUCUUUUAAAGGACUCACCCUGUAUAUACUGUAACUGGGAAAUUAACAUUGUAUAUGAAUUCUGUGAUUUUAUACAAAAUGGGCAAUAUGUGCGAUUUUGCACAGAUGGAUUUCCCUUGGUAUCAAAACCAGACAUUCUGACACCUUGUUUCAAAUGUCAGCUAAUAGUAUGUACCUUCAGUUUUUGUCCUUUUAACUUGAGAGUAAUUGUUUCUGCACGAUACAUUUUUUAAAAAAGAAAGGUUCCUUGUCUAAAAAUCUACAGUUUUAUUUGUUCUGUGAUUUUAAAUCCAAGAGGCUAUUUUUGUCCUGCUUUUUGGAAGCCUAAUUUGGCUAUUUUUGCUGCAUUGUUGAAUACUUAGGGUAUUGAGUUGCAACCUUCAGUUAGGCUUCUAGUUACUAAUUGUUACUGGUAGCAAAUAAUUGUUUUGGUUAGAUAUUGAAAACUGGUGGUUAUUCCAUCAUGUAAAGCAUAUCUGGUCAACAUUUUAGAGAAUGUUGAAAAAGACAAGCUGAUAGUUGUGGUAAGAACUCAUCUCAACAACUUCUUUGCCGCUAGCUAGAAAUUUAAUAGAAGAAGAAGUAGUUCUUUUUUAUUGCUUUUUUGCAACAUGCAUUGUCACUUUAUUCCACUUAACAGAUGCGGGUGGGGUGACAAAGCUGAGGGGAAGAUAUGCCUAAGGCCCCCUAUUACAUUCAUGUUUGGCCAAGGGGUCUCCCACUUUUGCUGAUGAGGAGAGAGUUUCAAGCAGCAUCCAUAAUAAUAAAACCCAACUAACAGCAUGUGUUACCUUGUCUGGAUCACUUGUACAUUUCUAACCCCUUUGCCUUGCUUAAAGCAGGUUUCUUAUGUUCCUUGCUUGUUGUCAUUCUGCCCUCUAGUGGCAGGCCAAUGUUUUUAGUUGCCAACACAAAUUCUGACAUGGCUGGUUGUGGGCUCCUCCUCAAGUCUGCUCUCAGCAUCAUGAACUGCUUGACUGCUUGUGGACAGUGUGUCAGCUCAAACAGCCCUGAAUUGGAUACCAAUGGUGUGUAUUUUGGGAUAGCGGGAUAUUAACUGAGCUUGGUAGCAAUCAGUCCUGCAGUAUCCCUUUUCCAAGUGUGGGAAGGCAUGGGGUCUUGCUGGACUUCAGAGGUGCUUGGCGAGAGAGUUGGGAGGGUUACAGUUUCAUUUCCCUGGUUUUUUUUCAGGAGAAGCAGAAGUUGCUAGAUGAAAUAGAAGACCUCACAAUGCAGCUCAAUGAGGAGCAGGAGAACAAGAGGAAGUUGGGAGACAAGCUGACCCACGAGAGGCACCAGUUCCAAAAGGACAAGGAAUCGACCCAGGAGGUGAGCAGAGCCUGCUGGCUUCCAGAGGGGGACUGCACCAUGGGGCACUCCCUGCUAUCCUGCCUCACCCCCACCCCCAUAUAUCUCACUCAUCUUCUGACUAGAUUAUUUGUAUUGUUUAUUAAAUUUGUAUACCGUCCUUCAUCCACAGAUCUUGAGGUGGUUCACGACAUAAAAAUACAAUAUAAAAGCACAAAAUACAUGAUAAGAACAAGAACAAAGAAACAAAAACCCACCCCAUCCCCUCCAGAGCAGGCUUUUUCCUUGUCUUUUUUCACUAUGUUUAGCAAAAUGCAUUGCUUUGCCAACCUGGUGAACUCUAGAUGUUUUGGGCUACAACUCCCAUCAGCACGUGUUGGCUGGCGCUGAUAGGAGUUAAGAAUCUCAGCAGCAUAGUGAGGGCCACAGGUUCCCCAUCCCUGCCGUAAAGUCUUGGCCCUUAUCAGUCCUGCCCUUGGCUGUUGAUCUCCAGUUUUGGGUGGAACUAGUUGUAGAUCAUAGGAUUAUGUUUAAGACUUCAUUUCAGGGUGGGUGUAAGGUUAUCAAAGGCCUCCUGUCUGUCUGUCUGUCUGUCUGUCUCUCCUUUUUGAAUAAAUAUUACAUUGUUAUCAGUGCAGAGGCAUUUGUGCCUUUUGCCUUGCACACCUAGUGCUCCAGCCCAUUUAACUCCUUGCAGUAAAGAGUCGCUUUGUGUGUAUGGGCUAGUGCUCUUGGGCGAUAGUCCUCCACUAAUCUAGUUUGCCUCCCUUGCCUUGCAGUUGAUUGAGGACCUCAGGAAACAGCUGGAGCACCUGCAGCUCUUCAAACUGGAAGCAGAACAGCGAAGGGGCAGGAGCAGCAGCAUAGGCCUCCAGGAAUAUAACAGCCGGACGCGGGAGACAGAACUGGAACAAGAGAUCAGGCGGCUCAAGCAGGUACUUGAGCUUCCCUUACAGACUUCUGUGCUGUAUCUGAAUUGGGUACUGGGAGGAGAGAGCAUUGUGGGUCUCAGUAUAGCUCUACUGGCCCUGCAUUUCAGAGACUGGUUCAAAUUAAAUGCAAGAGGAUGCUAAAAAAAAUGUGCUGGCUGGAACAACUAAAGGUCAGAUGUUGGUGGAGAGAGGUCAAAAUAAAUGAGCAAGUUUAUAACUAAACUGUUGAAUCUUUGGUCCUUAAACCAUUAUUGUGCCCUUAGGAUUUGGUAUGUUGGCUAAGCAGAACAAUUGUGCACUCAUUAAUCAUAUACACUUCUCCCAGCUGUAUGCUAAAAUAAUCAUUCCAUGGCACAUUAUUCUUAAACUUAGAUCUUCUGCCAUUUACGGAUCUUUUACAGAUUGUAGGUGCCAAGUAAUGUCAUCCACGUAUCUGCAGAGCAUAUCUAGAUGGUCAGCUUCUUUAUAAGGCAUCCCACUGCAGGAUCAAAAAUGCAUUUUAAAAUGCAUUUACAUUAAAGAUAUAGAUUGCUAUUUAUUCUGCAGACUCAAGGGAAUAUUUUUUGUCAAGCAUUAUUUUAUAUUACCAGGAUGAAACAUGUCAUGGUUGUUGUUGGAGAACCAAUUUUAUAUUACUUAUAUGGUGGCAUUAUUUGUCACAGCUGCCAGGAAAUUAUGAUCAUGCAUCUGAAUUAAUUUUAUAAUCAUUUUUAAUUCAGCUGAGGUUUAUGAGGUUGUAUCCAAUGCACUAGUGCAACAGACUUGCAGCUUUCUCUUCCUGUCCUCUCUUCUACAGCGCCCCAUGUGUCAUCAAAAUCUGCUCUGGGGUAGUUGUGGGACGCACGAGGGGAGGAGAGAAAGAGUCCCAUUGUGCCAGCAAAGCAAUGCACGGGGAACAUUAGAUAGAACUCAUUGCACAUAUGUUUUAGUUUUGAAAUAUAUUUAUGUGUGCUGUCAAUUUGUGGCAUGAAUGGAUGUGAGGUUUGCAAAGGCUACAUGAAAGUGUAUCACAAACACUGUCAGUCAGAAUUCUGAACUAGAUGGUGAGCAUCUGCAGUAAGGCAGCUUCACACAUUUGUUCAUGGUGGAAGGAGCUGGUAGUGAUAACAGUUGCAACAUUUUGGGUUUCUUUUUGCCAACAGGAUAACCGAAACUUGAAGGAACAGAAUGAUGAGCUGAAUGGGCAGAUCAUAAACCUCAGUAUUCAAGGCGCCAAGAACCUCUUCUCUGCUUCCUUCUCUGAAUCUCUGGCUGCAGAAAUCAGCUCCGUCUCCAGAGAUGAGGUACUGUGGGAGGGUCUGCGGGAAACUCUGGGUACCACUUUCCUGUCAGCAGUAAAGGUGAAAUUAAAUUCAUAUGAAAGGGAAAUCAAAAGUGUGGUGGUAAAAUUUUGCAGUCAGAACUCAAACCUUGCAAUACUUUGGGUUUUUAAAGGAAGACUAAGGACUUAAAUCUUUUUCCCAUAUCCAAGUGUAAAUACACUAUAAAUUAUCAGUUUGCCAGAUGCAAGCCUCACCCCCCCCCUCCUGUUUUAAUUCGGAACAAAUAAUCAAAUUCAACAGUGUUCUGCAUAAUGCUGAGUUUUCACUGUUGAUGCUGCACUGAAGUGCUGUUCCUACAUGGAACUUUGCAGGUAUGAAGCCUGAUGAAACAGAAACUGUAUUUUUCCCCACCUCAAAAACAAAAAAAAGUUUCUGGCCUUUAGGAAGUUGAAAAGUAUUUAUUCCAGUGCGAAAAUGGAAGUUAGACCAGAAUCUUUAAAUUUUAAUUUGUGGACCAUCCUUCUGCAGCACUCUCCUUGUCACUUACAACCCACUGUAAUGACAAAAUAGGUAUAUGGGGGUGGGGAUUGUGCCAUUUUUGUGCUUUCAUUAUUACUUCUCUCUCUGAAUAUGGUUUUAUUGAUGCAUUUUAAGAGUUGUAAGCUGCCCCGAGGGGUCUUAAAUCAGAAAAUAUAAAAGCUGUAUUUUGUGAGUGAGAGCUGAUCAGUAAAAAACAGUUCAGUAAAUAGUCAUGUAAGUUCUCUCUGGAAGAGGCAGUGUUAGAGUGGUACACAAAGCAGUUACCCUGGGAUUCAUUUCAAAAUCUUUCCCUAAUAACCAUGCAGAAUUGGGGUGCAGGUGGGCCUCACUCUGUAUAUUUGGUUGUAAGGGAUGUCAGUUAAGACAACACACAACUGCAGAUGUCAUCCAGCUUUAAAAUCCACUGAAGGAAACGGUGAGAAGCAUGAAGGGAGAUGGAACAUGGCUUCCACAUUGUGAUUGGCAUGUUCCAUCGAAGGUGCAAGAACAAACUCUGGAUUGAUUCCACAGAGAUUCCAUUAGGAAGGGCUAUUGGUAAUGGUUUGCUGCUCUUGUAUUUGGGAGCUUUUUUCUGCACAGAAACAUAGGAAGUUGCCUUAUACACAGUCCGUCUAGCCAAGCAGUGUCUACGUUGACUGGCAGCGGUUCUCCAGAGUUUCAGGUUGGAAUCUCUCCCAGCCCUGUCUGGCGAUGCUGGGGAUUGGGACCUUUUGCAUGCACAGCAGAUGCCCUACCACUGUGCUAUGGCCCUCUACGCAGCAGUUCAUCAUUGUACUCUGCCUUUGGACAAGCUGUUCCAGCCCAGACUCAGAAUAAUAGCCUUCAUGUAAUAAGUUUCCCUUUUCUCUCUCCCCCCUGCAGCUAAUGGAGGCGAUUCAGAAACAAGAAGAGAUCAAUUUCCGGCUCCAGGACUACAUUGACCGGAUCAUUGUGGCCAUCAUGGAAACCAACCCAUCCAUCCUGGAGGUCAAGUAGGAGGCUGAGAACUGCGGUCCUGAGUGACACUUGGGUGCCGUGCAUUUGCUGCUCUUGAGGAGAUGCUGGCAAGUCUUGGCUCUUCUGCAAAGAAGGUGCGGGAAGCCUCACGCCAUGAAAUUGGUUAGGUGGUGGAACCUGGUGGACUUGUGGGAGAGAGAGAGAUGGCUAUUGAGCCUGGCUGCGCUGACUCCAGUGGGUUUUUGAGCCCUUGUGACUCACGAGGGUUGGGUGGGGGUGGGCAAAAGGAAACCCGGAGGGGGAAAAAAUGCAAGGCGCAGAACACAGCGGGAAAAGGGGAUGGGGGAAUGGGAACGUACACCAGCAGCCUGCCGUGCUGGGCUGCAACUUGAAACCCUCUUCCUGUAAGCUUACAACCCUGCCCUGCACAAGGGGAGAGAAAAGAGGCCCAAAUCUCUCUUGCCCCGCAGCAGCCAUCACAGGGGAGAUGAAGAAGAGGAGAAGUUCUUCACUGCCUCCCUCCCUCCCUCCCUCGCCUUGGCCACCCCAUCCUUCCUGAAAACUCACUGGGAGACACAUCAGUUGCACUCUGCAGCAUCUCCCUUCUUGAAGCUGUGGGCGCCCUCCAAGAGGGGUCAAGGCCACAAGACACGUGGAUGACUUUUAUCAUUGAACCAGUGGAAGGGGAGAAAAGGGCCCUUACCUGGUCCGAACAUUUUAGUCUCUCUAGCUUGCAGAAGCAUCCCCCUGUUGCACCCAGCAAAAUAUUUGAGGGAGGGGGCUUGCUUGUAGCUUGUGUGAUCCCUGACCCCGUUCGUUUGGCAAGCUGCCUUAAAGAAAACAUAGCUGGCUUGUUUCCUAUCAGAGGUUGCAGGGAGGUGAACAGGUUCUGGCAGGUGGGGAAACAGGAGAGGGGCUUUCUGGCAUUAUAGUUUAAAAAAAUUGCCUACUGACACCCUCUGCUUGAAGACCUAGUCGCAGCUGAUGGCUGUUCUGCAGGCCUGCUGCCCACCAGGUGAUGUGGUUGGUCUGCUGGAGGCACUGGGGAGGGGGGACGCUCAGCUGAUGAUACUUCAGCACUGGAGGCAGAGCUAUUCUUCCCCUCAGGUGCAGCAGCAGCCACAUCCCUUCACCUUCACAGCACACCUUUAUCUUAUCCUUUUAUUUUCGCAGCAGUUUGGUCACUUUAAGACAGGAAUGGUGACUGUUCUAUUCCAUAAGAAUUUUUUUUUUUGCGGGAGGAGGAGAGAGGAGAUUUAAGAUACUUCAGACAGAGAAGCAAGCUGUUCAGCUGCUGACAUAACCAUGUCUUGCUGCACAGAAUGUUCCAUUAACCAAAAAUGAAGCUUUUGCCAUCAUAUCCAUACCAAGAGUCAAAUCUAAAAUGGAUUUUGGGUUGUUUGCUUCAUUUUGCAUACCUUUUGGGACAGGAUGAGAGAGAUGGAUGUGUUGCAACUUAAUCCUCUUUUCCUUCUUCCUUUCUCCUUCUCUCUAAGCCCAAUUGGAAGAAAAAACGUAUGUUGCCCACCUCCCCAUCCCAAAUUUUAUAGGAAAAGGUUGGUUUUUCCCAUACCUAAAAGGUAUGCUGUCUCCACAGAACCAGAAGGUUAAGGUGUUCUUCUAUAUAUAUAUAUUUUAAAAUCUGGCCCUGGGGUUGGUUUUAAAUCAUGUUUUGCUUGGGGGUUUCUCUUUUUAAUGGCACAACUAGGGAACAGGGAAGGUGGCGUGUAAAUCUGUUGUUGAUGGAUCCUGCUGCUUUGCACAUAGAAAACAUUCAGGGCCCCCUAAGAAGGGGCACUGAUUGGCCAGUGCCUGGGACUUCCAGCGAAGGUUUGGUUCUGGGAUGGAGCUGAGAGUUCUGAGCUUUUUCUGGGUGCCUUCUCUCUCCUUCUCCCUCUCUCUCUUAGAUCUCCCCAUCCUCUCUUAAAGCACACACAUUUAGGCACAACGUAUGUAGCGGUACCCCACAUACUUGCCUGAGCCAUCUAAGCAACUGGCUCUCAUGGAGAGCAAAAGUGGGCAGUGAAAGCUGACAUAUCUCCUUCUUCCUGGAAAGCAUAAAGUGCUUGUUCUCAACCCCUGAUGUAGAGGGAAAGCAACAAUCCUAUUCUGUUUUUUUAAAAUUCAAAAAUGCACCAAAGUGAGCACCCCAAUCCAAGGUCACUGGGUUUUGCUCCUGUUGAGCUCAAUUGCAUUUACCAGGUUCCCAGGAUGUAUUGCGGCACCAUGGCAAGAUUAUGUGGAACUAUUUUUUUGUAUUAUUAUAAUCAGUGGGUUCAUGCUCUAUAAUUUCUAGCUAGAUCAAGUGUGGGGGUGAGGAACACAGGGCAAAAAAUGUGGAAGUGUUUGCUUCUCCACCUGGACAGCGAUUCUUUGAGCUCAAACACCCACCUUCACAUUUAUCCCCUUGUGUGCCCACUCAACCACCCCUGAAAUCUGGAGAAAGAAUCCACGUAUUGUACAUUUCCUGUGGACUCUUGGGUGUAAAUCAGUGUAUACUUGGAGAAGGAAGGCUUUUCUUUUUCUACCUUGUAGAGUUAGGUAUUUUUUAUAGAUUGAUGGCUGAUCAAUUUUUUAAUACUUCAAAAAAAGAGAGCAAUGUAUCUGUGUAUACACACACACAUGCACACACACACGCACAUAUAUAUAUGUAUAAUGUACAAAUCUAUAAAUAAGCAGAUCUGCCUUUCUUGACUUGGGCAUCUAUGCCCACGAUAACACACACACACACUCCUCUCCCAGCCCUCCCGGUUGAUCACAAAGAGGUACUGUAAUGUAAAUAGUCACAGGAGGGGGAAAAUUAUAAUAAUAAACCAACAAAAGUGAAGCACUGGCUUGCACACUGCUUUAAUUUCCUGAGGAAACCUGUUCUUCCCUGCUGGUAUGUGAAGGAACUUCCAGAAAGAGGCGAACAGUAUUUGUCUUAACGGGUGUACUGACUCUUGUCUGAUUAAAAGCUGUUACCGUCUCUUUGCUGGAGACCAGUCUC